CAUGUUAGCACUUCUGAGCAGUUGGAGCAUUCCCAGCCUUGCCUCGGGUGUAGGGAUUGCAAGGUAAAAAGCAGAACUACACGGUGACUCUGUGUAGUUUUGUUUUUGGGGGAUAUUUCGAGGCUCAACCGUUCUCACCUUGGAUUUCUGGAAACACUUUUGGAUAAGGAGAUUGUUUCGGAAGCUAUAGACAUCUGGGCAAAGUCCCAUCAGUGACAGGCAUCCUUGUGAUACAAGGUGCCUACCAACAUGUCAACACAGGCGCCAACGUUUACACAGCCGCUUCAGAGCGUUGUGGCACUAGAGGGUAGUGCCGCAACGUUCGAAGCUCAAGUUAGUGGAAAUCCAGUUCCUGAGGUGAGCUGGUUUCGUGAUGGCCAGGUUCUUUCUGCUGCUGCACUGCCCGGCGUUCAGAUCUCGUUCAGCGAUGGCCGCGCUGUUCUGAUGAUCCCUGCCGUGACAGCCGCACACAGUGGAAGAUUUUCUGUUAGAGCCACCAAUGGAGCUGGACAAGCCACUAGCACCGCUGAACUUCUUGUUACAGCUGAGACCGCGCCACCCAACUUCAUUCAGAAACUUCAGAGUGUGACCGUGAGACAAGGAAGCCAAGUGAAACUGGAUGUUCGUGUGACUGGAAUCCCUUCACCUGUGGUUAAGUUCUUCAGGGAGGGAGCUGAGAUUCAGAGCUCCAAUGACUUUCAGAUUGUACAAGAGGGAGAUCUUUACAGUUUGUUGAUUGCUGAAGCCUUUCCAGAGGAUUCUGGAACCUACUCUGUUAAUGCCUCCAACACCAGUGGCCGUGCCACCUCGACUGCUGAACUACUCGUUCAGGGUGAAGAGGUUGCAGUGCCCGCUAAGAAGACCAAGACAGUUGUCUCAACUUCACAGAUUUCUCAGACUCGUCAGACUAGAGUGGAGAAGAGAAUGGAGGCUCGUUUUGAGUCUUCUUCUAUGAUGCAAAUGCAAGUGGAGGGAGGGGAGGUCACCCAUCACCUGGCACACAAGACUCCGCCACGUGUGCCUCCCAAGCCACAAUCCAGGUCCCCCCCAUCGAUGAUGUCAAGAGUGGCAGCCACUCGUCACCAGUCCCCCUCUCCUGUGAGGCACGUGAAGGCACCCACUCCUACCCCAGUCAGGCCUUCAUCCCCUUCUUCGAGACUCUCUGUGUCCCCGAUCAGACCAGUGAAGUCCCCCAUCACCGCCCGCAGGCUGCUAGCUCAGGGUGCGGACGUCCUUCCACCUUGGAAGCUGGGGGGCUUCAUGGCCGAGGGCAGCAGCUACACCUCUAUGACCUCAGGAUCCACCCACAUUCAGUCCAGUUCCUCCACCCAGAUGGAACAGCACUUUGAGGCCUCUUAUGCCACACGACAGCAAGUCAGCGGGAUGGCUGUCACAGAGGAAAUUGAUGCCACCGUUAAGGCUGUAACACAGACAGUGGAAACUGAUGAUGAAGUGUGUACAGAUUAUAUGGCAUGUACAUCCAAUGCAUCCAGCAGUGAAAGCUUAAAUGGAGAAAGUCCUACUGAAUCAAAAGAUGAGGAAGAGCUUCUCAGUGAGUCCCCACCAGAUGAUGAGGGAGUCACAGACAUGGAAAUACUGUUGACAGGGGUUACACCUGAUAGCUCUCUCAAAAGAAAUGCAGAAAUGAACAUCGAUGCAACUACAUGUGACGCUGCUGAACAGGAGGAGGUAGAGAAAGAAACCGUAGUUUUGUCAACACGGGGUGAGGUUGGGAAAAGGGCAGAAGCUGUGGCAACAGUACUAGCUGCUGUUGGCCAAGCGCGUGUCCGAAAGCCCACGUAUGCUGAAGGUGACCUUGGUGAAGAGGAAGCCAUAGAACUUGACUUAGAACCGCAAGUCAUGCUCGUCACAGAGCAACGAGUCAGAACCGAGGCUGUGGCAAUGCCCACAACAAUUAAAUUCGCUCCCUCUGAACAGACUGUUCUUGCCUCCCAGAUUCAGAGAAGUAAAGAAAUAAUCACCCAGGUGGAUACUAGCCUUGCACCAUCUCCACUUCCGCCGUUCACAGUUUCAAAAGUUACCGUUCCUAAACUUGACCAUAGCUAUGAGGUUUCAAUUGCAGGGUCUGCUAUUGCCACUCUGCAAAAAGAGUUGUCCUCUACCUCUGCUGCUCAAACAAUCAUCAGGCAUGUCAAGCCACCAUCUCAUAGGAUCGGGGAGGCAAGAUUGACUCCUGAGCCAGUCUCACCUCCGUUUAAAGAUGUUGGUGACAGAUAUCAGACCAGUUUUGAAACACAGUUACAAAGAGAGAUAGGCACUUCAUUGACAGGUGGCAUGGAUCAAAAGUACAGCGAUUGGGACAUACAGGUUGUUGAGAUGGCAAUGAUUCCUGAAGCAGUUAAAGAGGCUACUGUUCCCCCUACAAUUGUGGCUGGAUUGAAAAAUAUGACAGUUACUGAGGGAGAAUCUGUGACAUUGGAAUGCCAGAUUUCUGGCCAUCCAGCCCCAGGCAUUAUGUGGUUCAGGGAGGACUACAGAAUUGAGAGCUCCAUUGAUUUCCAAAUUACAUAUGAAAGUGGAUAUGCCCGUUUGGCAAUUCGUGAGGCCUUUGCUGAGGACAGCGGUCGCUUCACUUGCACUUCCACCAACGAGGCUGGAACAAUCAGCACAUCUUGCUACCUGCUUGUGAAAGUGUCUGAAGAGAUCGAGAGCAGAGAGGAGUUAACUACCGUCUCUGAACAAAUUGAAUCUACACAUGAGAAACAGAUUACUGUUGAGGCCAAAGAAGAGACUAUGUCCGUGGCCAGUGGCUACUCCGAGACUGUUGAAGCCGGAGCCACUGUAGCCCCAUUCUUUAUCAGGAAACCCACCGUACAGAUGCUUGUGGAGGGUGGAGGCGUUGUCUUCGAUUGUCAGAUUGGAGGCAGCCCCAAACCUCACAUUUACUGGAAGAAGAGUGGAGUGCCCCUCACCACAGGAUACAGGUACAGAGUAGCCUACAAUAAGGAGACCGGAGACUGCAAGCUGGAGAUCUCCAUGACCUUUGCUGAUGACGCGGGAGAGUACUCCCUCAUUGCCAAGAAUCAGCUCGGCGAGGUAUCUGCCUCAGCCCUGCUUCUCUCUGAAGAGGAUUAUGAAGUGUACAUGAAGAAACAGGAAGCAACAGUCACAACAGUGACCACAACCAUGGUGCAGGAACCCAGAGUUGGUGAUAUUCCUCCCGUGGUAGUCAGCGACUAUGAGAGAGAGCAGAUGGUUAUGCAGAGGAAAACACAGACAAUGACCUUUGUUAGUGGACAGGAAUUCCAAAUAUCUGCCUUUGAGCAAAAAAUAAUCCAAGAGAUUGAAAUACGUAUCUUGAGGAUUACCUAUCAAAUGAUUGUCACUGAAGACAGCGAAGAGAUGGUCAUGAUUGCAGAACAAGAGGCUAAUCAACCGACCUUUGACACACCCGUGAAAAGCUACAGAAUCAUGGAAGGAAUGGGAGUUACCUUCCACUGCAAAAUGGCUGGAACUCCCCUCCCCAAGAUUGCUUGGUUCAAAGAUGGCAACCGCAUCAGGCACGGAGGCCGUUAUCAGAUGGAGUUUCUUCAGGAUGGAAGAGCCAGUCUGCGCCUGCCAGUGGUGCUGCCAGAAGAUGAGGGUGUCUACACCGCUUAUGCUAGCAACAUGAAGGGCACUGCUGUGAGCUCUGGGAAGCUGUACAUUGAGCCCACCACCACUGGUGCUGCACAGCCACAGUAUCCUCAGCCAGAAGCAGUGAAGCGAAUCCAGUCUUCCUCUCCUCGCUCCUCAAGCCGUUCCCCUGGCCGUUCUCCUGGACGUUCCCCAGCCCGUAGGCUUGAUGAGACUGAUGAGAGCCAGCUUGAGAGACUGUACAAACCUGUGUUUGUCAUGAAGCCAUCCUCCUUCAAGUGCUCUGAGGGACAGACUGCAAGAUUUGACCUGAAAGUUGUUGGAAGACCCAUGCCAGACACAUACUGGUUCCACAAUGGACAACAAGUGGUCAGUGACUACACCCACAAGAUUGUCGUCAAGGAAGAUGGAACACAGUCUUUGAUUGUGGUUCCAGCCAUGCCAGGUGACUCUGGUGAAUGGACAGUGGUAGCCCAGAACAGAGCUGGAAAGACAUCUAUCUCCAUGACACUGACAGUUGAUGCCAAGGAACACUUGAUUAAGCCUCAGUUCAUGGAAAAGCUGAAGAACAUGACUGUCAAGGAGGGCACUUUGGUUGAGCUAGCUGUUAAAGCCAUUGGAAACCCUCUCCCUGAUAUUGUCUGGCUGAAAAAUAGUGACAUUAUUUCUCCUCACAAGCAUCCUAAUAUUAAGGUUGACGGCAGCAAAGGACAGUCUUGUUUCCAAAUUCCCUCAGGAGUAGCUGCAGAUAGCGCCUGGUAUACUGCUACAGCCAUUAACAGAGCUGGAAGAGAUACCACUCGCUGCAGGGUCAAUGUUGAGGUUGAGUUCACUGAGCCCCCUCCAGAGACCAAAAGGCUUGUUAUUCCAAAGGGAACCUACAAGGCCAAGGAGAUUGCUGCUCCAGAAUUGGAGCCACUGCAUCUUCGCUAUGGCCAAGAGCAAUGGGAGGAUGGCGACCUUUAUGAUAAGGAGAAACAACAGAAGCCCCAUUACAAGAAAAAGUUGACAUCAGUCAGAAUGAAGCGCUCUGGACCUGUGCACUUUGAGUGCAGACUGACCCCUAUUGGUGACCCCAACAUGAUGGUGGAGUGGCUGCAUGACGGCAAACCCUUAGAAGCAGCUAACAGGUUGCGCAUGGUCAAUGAAUUUGGCUACUGCAGUCUUGACUUUGAGGCUGGCUAUCCCAGAGACAGUGGUGUGAUCACUUGCCGUGCCACCAACAAGUACGGUGUUGACCAAACCUCAGCAACACUGAUUGUGAAGGAUGAGAAGGGCCUUGUUGAGGAAACCCAGCUACCAGAUGGCAGGAGGGGGCAAAGAAUGGACGAGAUGGAGCGCAUUGCCCAUGAGGGAGCACCGGCUGGAGUCUCUGGUGAUGACUAUAGUGAAAAGUCAAAGCCGGAGAUCGUUCUUCUCCCUGAGCCCGCAAGAGUUCUCGAGGGUCAGACCGCCAGGUUCCGUUGCAGGGUAACCGGUUAUCCCACACCAAAGGUGAACUGGUACAUCAAUGGUAAGCUCAUUCGCAAGAGUAAGAGGUUCAAACUUCGUUACGAUGGCAUCUACUACAUUGAGGUCACAGACAUCAAGUCCUACGAUGCGGGAGAGGUCAAGGUUGUUGCAGAAAACCCAGAGGGUACAGCUGAGCACACUGUUAAGCUGGAGAUUGAACAAAAGGAAGACUUCAGAGCAGUUUUGAGGCGUGCCCCUGAGGUUAAGGCCCCAGCACCUGCAGUUCCCUCUGCUGAGCAUGGCAGAGUGGCCUUUGACGUUGUCAAAGUUGAGAAAUCAUCUGAGGUUUCAAAGAGCAAAGAAGUUGUCAAACUCAGAAAGACUGAGAGAGUGGUGCACGAGGUAUCAACGGAGGAGACAGCGGAGCUGAGAGGCAAGUUCAAACGCAGGACGCAAGAGGGCUACUAUGAAGCCAUCACUGCAGUGGAUCUGAAGGGACGCAAGAAGGAUGAAUCCUAUGAGGGUAUGCUGAAGAAGAGGAAGGAAGAGCUUCUUCACAGGAAAAAACAACAAUCUGAGGCUGAGAAGAAGAAGGAAGAAGAAGGUAAAGUCAAGGCUCCCACAAUCAGACCAGACAAGGUGGCCCUGUCACCCAGUAUGGAAGCUCCUAAGAUUAAGGAGCGCAUCCAGAGCCAGACCGUCGCUCAGGGUGAGGAGGUGCGUUUCCGCAUCAGAGUCACUGGAAAGCCAGCCCCAGAAUGCCAGUGGUUCAAAAAUGGUGUGCUGCUGGAGAAAUCUGACAGAGUUUACUGGUCCUGGCCUGAAGACCAUGUCUGUGAGCUGGUGAUUAGAGAUGUUUCUGCAGAAGACUCUGCUAGCGUCAUGGUCAAAGCUAUCAACAUCGCUGGAGAAUGCUCAAGCCAUGCAUUCCUUUUGGUCCAAGGAAAGCAAAUUAUUUCCUUCACUCAAGAAUUGGAAGAUAAUUACGCUAAAGAGAAGGACACCGUUGUGACCUAUGAAUGUGAAACCAAUGAGCCUUUUGUUAAAGUCAAAUGGCUGAAGAACAAUGCUGAGAUUUUCGCAGGUGACAAAUACAGGAUGCAUUCUGACAGAAACGUACAUUUCAUGUCCGUUUGUAUGAUCACCAUGAAAGAUGAUGACGAGUAUUCCUGCGCUGUUGUUGAGGAUGACCAUGUGAAAACUACUGCCAGACUCCAUGUGGAAGGUGCUGCACUUGACAUUUUGAAGAAAAUGGAAAGUGUUGAAGUGCCUGAAACAUAUGCUGGAGAAUUUGAGUGUGAAUUGUCCCGUGAAGAUGCUGAGGGAACCUGGUACUUCGAAAACAAGGAGAUCACUCCCAGUUUGAAAUAUGUUGUGUCCUUUCGCCGUGGACGUCACAGUUUGUCUGUGAAAGAUGUCAAGAAGGAAGAUCAGGGAAAAUACACUUUCAAAGUUGGAAAUUUGAGCACAAGUGCUUCCCUGAAGAUGAAAUUGCGUCCUGUUACAUUAAUGCAAGGCCUCACUGACCUGACUGUCUGUGAGGGUGAUAUUGCUCAGCUGGAGGUGCGCUUCUCACAGGAGAAUGUCGAGGGAACAUGGAUGAAAAAUGGACAGCCUGUCUCUGCCUCUAACAAAAUACACAUUGUCGUUGACAAACUCACUCAAAAGCUGCUUAUUGAAGAAACAAGCAGAGAUGAUACUGGAAUGUAUUCAUUUGUUGUCCCAGCCCAAGAUAUUUCUACAUCUGGAAAACUUAACAUUCAAACCAUUGGCAUUUUGGCCCCACUCAAGGAUAUCACUGUGGUUGAGGGCACCAAAGCCGUCCUCGAGACCAAGAUCUCUGCAGCUGAUGUCAGCUCUGUGAAAUGGUACCACAAUGAAAAGCUGAUGGCAACAAGUAACAGAAUCCAGAUUGUGGCCAAGGGAACCAAACAACGUCUGGUGCUCAGUAGAGCAUUUGCAUCUGAUGAGGGACACUAUAAACUGUUUGUUGGCAGAGCUGAUACAAGCUGCAAUCUGACUAUCCAAAAAAUUUCCAUUGUGAAGCAUAUGGAGGAACGUGUUUGCACAGAAACCCAGAAUGUGACUUUCGAGGUGGAGUUGUCUCACCCUGGUAUUGAUGCCCUCUGGACCCUGAGGAACCAGCCACUCAAGGCUGGUCCCAAGUACAAGAUAGAGUCCAAAGGCAAACGCUACAGCCUUACAGUCGUCAAUACUAUGAAGGAUGAAGAGGGAGAAUAUACCUUUGCAGCUGGUGAAAAGACCUCCAGUGCAAAGCUGAUUGUUUCAGGUGGUGCCAUCAGCAGACCCCUUAAGGACCGGACUGUGGCCGAAUCUCAGGGUGUUGAGUUUGAGUGUGAAGUUGCCAAUGCCAGUACUGAGGGCAAAUGGCUGAAAGACGGCCAGGCGGUUGACUUCAGUGAUAAUAUCCUUAGUGAGAAAAAGGGGGCUGUGAGGCGCCUUAUUAUUGUCAUCACCAGACCUCAGGACAUUGGUGAAUACACCUACCAGGUGGCCAACUCCAAGACAACAGCCAACCUGAAAAUUGAAGCCGUGAAAGUCAAGAAGACCAUGAAGAAUGUGAAUGUUAUUGAAACACAGGAAGCAGAGUUUAGCCUUGAGCUCACUCACACAAAUGUCAGGGGCUCUCAGUGGACCAAGAAUGGCGUGGAAAUCAUUCCAAGUGACAAGUAUGAAAUCACCAUGGACGGCAUGUUGCACACCCUGAAGAUCAAGAACUGCCACACACAAGAUGAAUCAGUCUAUGCAUUCAAACUGGGGAAACUCUCUGCUAAUGCUAGAUUAAAUGUUGACACAAUUAAAUUUGUGAAGAAACCCAAAGAUGUGACCUCUCUCUUGGGUGGCUCUGCCUCCUUUGAAGUGAGUCUGUCACAUGAUGACAUCCCGGUGAAAUGGAUGUUCAACAACACUGAGAUCAAACCCAGUACAAGCUACCAGAUACUGUCUGAGAGUAAAUCACACAAAUUGGUCGUGCCGAAUGUGACCUCAAACAAUGCUGGAGAAUAUACCGCUCUGGCUGGAAAAUUGCAGUGUAGUGCAAACCUACAUGUUGAAUCUUUAAGAGUGACCAAGCCUUUAAAGAAUCUGGAUGUUCCUGAGACACAUGUGGCAACCUUGGAGUGUGAAGUGUCACACUUCAAUGCCCCAUCCAGCUGGCUGAAGAAUGGUGUGGAGAUCGAGAUGAGUGAGAAGUUCAGGAUUGUGGUGCAGGGGAAGCUCCACCAGCUCAAGAUCAUGAACACCAGCAAAGAGGACUCAGCAGAGUACACCUUCAUCUGCGGAAAUGACAGAGUCUCUGCCACUCUGACCAUCAGCCCCAUUCUUAUCACUUCCAUGCUUCAAGACCUCAAUGCCAAGGAGAAGGACAUUAUUACGUUUGAAGUCAAUGUCAAUUAUGAGGAUAUCUCCUAUAAAUGGUUUAAGAACGGUGUAGAAAUUCGGUCCACAGACAGGUGUCAGACCCGAAGCAAACAACUCACCCACUCUCUCACCAUACGCAAUGUGCACUUUGGUGACAGUGCGGACUACAAGUUUGUUGCUGGAUCAGGAGAAACAUCUGCAAAACUCUUUGUAGAAGCUCGUGUGAUUGAGUUCACAAAGCACAUCAAAGACAUCAAGAUUACUGAAAAGAAGAGGGCAACCUUUGAAUGUGAAGUGUCUGAGCCCAAUGUUCAUGUGAUUUGGAUGAAAGACGGACAGGAACUGGAAAUGUCUGAAAGGUUCAGGUCGGCCACCGAUAAUUGCCAGCACUCCCUGGCGAUUCAGUCAUUGCGUAUGUCUGAUGCCGGAGAGUACUGUGUGGUUGCCGGCUCAAGUAUGUCAAAGGCUCGCCUCACCGUGGAGGGCCGCGAUGUCCUCAUCAAGGAACCCUCUGAGAGAGAGAUCACAGUUGUUGAGAAACAUAGAACUACAUUUGAGUUUGAAGUCAAUGAGGAGGACAUUGAGGGCCGCUGGCUGAGGAAUGGAGUUGAGAUCCAGUUUCUCUCAGAGGAGCGGUUCACCUAUGUGACCAUUAGGAAGAUCCAUCGUCUGACAAUCACUGAGAUCUUCAGAGCUGAUGCUGGAGAGUACACCUUUAUCGCUGGCAAGAACAGUAGUGUGAUCACACUUCAUGUCAUGGCCCCAGAGCUUCCCAAGAUUGUUAGGCAAAUGCACCCCCUGACCGUGGUGGCCGGCAGGAUGGCGAAGUUCUCAGUGGAGGUCAAGGGCACCCCAGAGCCCCAAGUGACCUGGUUUAAGAACUCUCAGCAAAUGUAUCAUGGGGCUGAGUGCAGUAUCUUUAAAGAUGGUGGGGAGCACACACUGAUGCUCUCUCAGGUCUACCCAGAGGACUCAGCUGUCUACAGCUGUGUGGCAAAGAAUGACGCUGGUGAGGCCACUAGCUCUGCUGCUCUCCAUGUUGAAGUGCCAGAUGUGAUUACACCUGUUUCACCUCCCGUGCUUGUUUUCCCAAUUCCUGACACGACUGUUGAUGAGGGAGAGUGUGUUAAACUCAAAUGCAAUUUCACUGGAGAUGACUUGAUUAUCACUUGGUAUCGCAAAGACAAGGAGAUCCAGAAGUCAGCCUCCUUCAAAAUGACUCAGUAUGAUGAUUAUUGCCAACUGGAGAUUUCCAGAGUUUUCCCCGAGGAUGAGGGAGAGUACACUUGUGUUGCCCGUAACUCUGCAGGAACAGUCUCAUGCUCUGCCAAGUUAACUGUUCACGCAGCUAAAGUGGACGAGACUGCUGACCAAGGAGAACUGAGAGCCUUUUCUAGCUUGGCCGUUUCAACGGAAGAGGAGAAACACGACACCAUAACUAGCCUGAGCAUGACAGAGAGGCGCACAUUUGAACUCGAGUCAGAGUCAAAACGCUAUACUAGUACUCUUUCCCAAAAAAUAGAGAAACCAGUUUUUGUAACUAAACUAUCCCCUAUGAUUUCUUCUGUUGGGGAAACUGCCAAGUUUACUGUCAUUGCAUCUGGUUUCCCAAAACCAGACGUUCAGUGGAAGCACAAUGGCCAAGCCAUUGUGUCUUCAUCCAUUUAUAAGUUCAUUCAAGAGAGAGAUGAGUACACAUUAAUAGUAACCAAGGUUCGGAAAGAAACAGAGGGAGAAUACUUAUGCACUGUGCGCAAUGAAUAUGGUGAGUCAACAUGUGCAUCAUACCUACAUGUGAAAGUGAAGGAUGCACGGCAGUUAGAGAAACCUAAAGGACAACCCCCCUGUUUCACAAAAGAAAUUAAUUCGGUGCAAUGUACAGUCGGAAGCCAGGCACAGUUUCAAUACACAGUAACAGGAACACCACUGCCUGAAAUUCAGUGGUUUAGAGGUGAAUUUCAAAUGCAUCCAAGCAAGUACUGUGUAAUAAUGAGCAAUCCAGAUGGCUUCGGUUUUAUGAAAAUGACAAGCCUUCAGCAGGAAGAUAGUGGUCUCUACACUUGCACGGCAGUUAACUUGUUCGGGGAGGCCUUGUGCAGUGCUGAACUUAUUGUCUUGCGGGAGACUGUUGCUACAUCCCGGCACCAAGAACAGGUUGUCACUCAAAAACAAAAAAGUUACAAAGUGUCAGUGACUGAACAAACGACUGAAUCUCGUCUGUACAUGGUUAAUAUACCAGGGGAAGCCAGAGAUAACCAGCAGGCAGGACGUCAGAAGAUCUGCAUUGGAACUGAGGAUACACAGGUUGUUGCCAGUGAACAGGUGGAAAACUUAAGAGAGGUAGAUAUGUCUGCUGCCACUAUUCAUACAGAGCAAUUAACGCAUCAAGCUGCAGUCUUGCAGUCUCAUGAAGUGCAAGAGACAGUGACGAUGGGUCCAACCCUACCACAGCCAGCUGUAGCCAUCCCUGUUAAGCAGCUACACACUACUGCCCUCACUUCUUCCAUUGAGGAAAACCAAGGUUUCAUAGAACAACACUCGGAACGUAUCAAAAGCCCUGAAAUUACUGAGCUAGAGUUUGAGAGGGAGCUGCCCUCUAAGCUGAUGUCUGCCACCUCUGAGAACAUAACCGGAUUCUCUAUUGUAAGAGCUGAGACAUUUGCAGGCAGGAAAGAGGAGGAAACAAAAACAACAGCUGAACCAAAAUACCCGCUCAGUGGCUAUCAAGUAGAAACCACAUUACCUAUAUUGAGAGAACAGUAUCAGAGUAUUCCCCUACCUGAACAAGAGAGGGGUUUUAGAGUUGCUGAAGGGGUCAAAUUGCUAUACUCUGCUACUUCCUCACAAAAUUUGCAAAUUUCAGAGGGCCAUACAUCUGACCUGUCUGCCUCCGAGACCACUCAAGGUUUGGUUAGGAAGGAACUAAGAAAGCCAACACUUGCAGGAGUCAGUGAGAUGAAACAUAUUUUGGCUAAAGUGGAGAAAUUUGAGGUGCAUAAGCCAAAAGAGGAGGUAGCUGACCUCUCUAAAGAUAAAGUAUUCUUAUCAGCUUUAAAUGCAGAAGAGAAGCUAGAACUCAAAGCUGACCAUGUUGCCAAAAUACCAGGCAUAGAAAGUGCAGAAUCAGUAACCACACAAAAGGAAAAAGAGCAGAUUUUACAUUUGCAGGUGAUUAGUGAUCAAGAUGUUCUCCCAUCUGAGAGCAGGUUUACCUGUGAGAAACCAUCUGAGGAACAGGCAGAUGUUAGGAAGAGUCCCACCCUGCUCCACUCGGUAUCUACAGACGAGCAGAGAACGGUAACUUGUGAGGACUCUGCACACUUUUCUUCCGAAAAGACCACAUUGACUCUGCAGCCUCAGAAAGAGCCCACUGGGACUUUACAUCUUCAGUCUGUACAAGAAGUAUACCCACUAACCAAAGAGGCUAUACUUACACACGAGAAACCAGAAGAGCACUCUGCAAUGCAAAGACAAGAAAAGGCUCGGAAACAUGCUGUAACCACAGAAGAAAAGAGGGAGCUUACAGCAGAUUACAUCAAAGAUCUUCAUGUAUCGGUGACGGGCAUUAAGUCUAACUACAAAAAAGAACCCAAACCUCAAAAUAUUCUUCAAGUAAUUUCAGAAUCUUUGCAGCUCCCGAAGGAAACACCAUUUGCCACUGCUAUUGAGCAACAGAGAGCUCUAGUCCAAAAGGAGGACCGGUGGAAUAUAGUGCACGUAACAUCCAUCUCAGACAGACAAGUUCUCGAGGAAGGUCACACAGACCAGUUAAAGGCUGCUGAGAAAUUCACUUGCGAGACGGGAAUGGAGCCCAAAAUGCCCACACAACCUUUACACAUAGAAGAAAAGGCUGUUUCCACAGAGAGCAGUGUUGCACUUGAAUCUGCAGAGCAAGAUUUUGCUGUUCAGAUUCAAGAGGGACAGUCAGUUAGACAGGCAAUAUUGAUGGAGGAGAAGCAUGUUCUGAUGGGGGAGAUGUCUAAGUGCAUCACAAAGUCUGAGUCAAUAAAGGUAGAUGCUACUACACAGCCCAAAAGACCCCUGUUAGUUUCUGAGUCAAGAGAGAGUAAAACUCUUCCCAAGGAGCUGACAUUUGUCAUCCCUGCACUCAAACCUCAGAGCUUGGACAUCCGUUAUCAAUUAAAGACUGCCCUUCAGUCGGCAGUGGCUCGUGAUCAACCGCUUAUUUUGGCGGAUGUCGUGCAGAGCCUAGGUGUCGUAGACGUUAAAGAGCCCACAAUACGCAAGGAGCCGAAAUUCACUAUGUUUACAUAUCUCAUCACAACCACAAGCAUACCCAUAAAAAUAACUAUUGCCUUUGAGGGUGACUACCCUCAGACUGCAGAUCUGAAAAGCGAACUUCAGGCAGCAUUCUAUUCUAUUGUUUAUCAAGAAUGUCAAAUUCUAACUUCAGCACAGUCUGGAACCUUGCAAAUCGACAGACCCCAAAAGUUACAGGUCAAGAGUGCCUCCCGGAAGGAGAUGCUCACAUCUGUGGUGGGGACAGUGCUGACUUCAGAGAGUGUCUCUGAUAUUAAAUUGGCAAGGAUGCAGUCAGCUGCUGUGAAGACAGAAGCCAAAACCUCCUUUGAAACUAUAAUAGCUCAGGAACAACCUUUGGUGCAGGAAGCCACGCGGAUAUCUAAACCAGAAAUCAGAUCAAUGACAGUAAAUGGCCUUGAGAAAGAUGCAGGUGCUGCAAAUAUAACUACAGCUGUGUCAUGCGCACCUAUACCCUUGGAACAAUCUGCAGAUGUUGUUGUACACAGAGAGUUAAAAGAGGAAUUUCUCUCUGAAGAAAUCACAAUAAGUAAGACCGUAGAACAGAUUCAAAAUUACCCUAUCAUUGAGAAACCUCUGAAUGAUAUGUCUGUAGAGGAUGGCAGUAAAGUAGAUUUUUCGGUGAAUAUAAAAUGUGUUAAAAAUGUAAAGUGGUUCUUCAAUGGAAAAUUGGUUAAAUCUGGCAUCGAGUUCAAAUGUUCCAAAUCCCGAGACACACACAUGUUAGUAAUCGACAAAGUUAAGAAGGACAAGCAUCAAGGAGAAUAUGUCUGUGAAGCUGAGAAUGAAGCCGGCAAGACCUCAACAUCCUCAAGGCUCACAGUUAUAUCAAGAGUGCCACCUGUUUUCAGGCGCAAGAUCCAACCCCUGGAACUCAACGUUGGCGAUCAAGGCAGGUUUGACUGUGAGAUUGAAGAUGCACCCAAUGUCAACUUCAAAUGGUUCAAGUCUGGCACAGAGAUUCGUCAGGGUGAGAAGUACAGGAUCAUCAGCCAUCUCAACAAGACCACACUGGAACUCCUGAAAACUGGCAAAGCUGACAGCGAUGAAUUUACCUGCAAAGCCACCAACCAACAUGGCAGUGACACGUGUUCUGCUUACCUCACAGUGUCUGAGCGCAAAAUCCCACCAAGCUUCACCAAAAAGCCCUCAUCUCAGGUCGAAGACUCAGCAGGUAACAUGCUGAAGUUGGAGGCACGGGUUUCUGGAUCAUCACCAAUCAAUGUCUGCUGGCGCAAAGACAGCACGGAAAUCUCCAGCUCUGACAGCUAUGACAUCUCUUUCAAGAGCAAUGUAUCUGUACUGUGCUUCAAGUCCUCUAGUCUGUCAGACUCUGGAAACUACUCCUGUGAAGCCACUAAUGAAGCUGGCACAGCCACCUGCCAUGUGUCAGUGAAGAUCUCAGAGCAAAAGACAGCCCCAGUCUUUGAUGUGCCUCUUAAGGCAGUGACUGUAAGCGAGGGUGACAAGCUCACCCUGAGCUGCCAUGUCCGCGGAUCUCCUCCUCUGAAGGUUCAGUGGAUGAAGGACAGACGGGAACUUGCAUCCUCAGCCAGCAUUAAGAUCAAAUUUGUGGAUAACACGGCAAAUCUGGAGAUCCUCCGCACGUCAAAAACUGACGCAGGCGACUACUUGUGCAAAGCCACCAAUGAUGCCGGCAGUGAAUUUACCAAGAGUAAAGUCACCAUAAAGGAUAAAGCAGCAGCUCCUAAACCUGAAGCUGCUCCAGCUGCUCCAGCUGCUGCCCCCACAAAAAGACUGGACAACUUGUUCUUCAUUGAGGAACCAAGGACUGCCCAUAUAACUGAGAAGGGCACAGCCACCUUCAUUGCUAAAGUUGGAGGUGACCCAAUCCCCAACGUGAAAUGGAUGAAGGGCAAGUGGAGGCAGGUUACUGCUGGUGGUCGCAUCACCAUUGAACAGAAGGGCCAAGAGGCCAAGCUGGAAAUCAAGGAAGUUACCAAGUCUGACUCUGGACAGUAUAGAUGUGUUGCAGCUAACAAACAUGGAGAGAUUGAGUGCAGCACUGACCUGAAUGUUGAUGAGAAGAAGGCGGCUGGUCCCGAGACAGUGAAGCUCAAGAAGACACCAUCAAAGCAGAAAAGUCCAAAGGAAGGCCAAGAGAUUGAUCUUGUUGAGCUGCUCAGGAAUGUAGAUCCCAAAGAAUAUGAAAAGUAUGCUCGCAUGUACGGAAUCACUGACUACCGUGGUAUCCUCCAAGCUAUUGAGCAGUUGAAGAGAGAAAGGGCAGAAGCAGGUGAAAAGGAAUCCGAUGAGGAUUUGUCUGCUUUCAUGUCUGAUUUGCAAAGCAAAAUGGAACAGGAGCCUGUCACACUGGUGAAGGAUAUUUCAGAUCAAACCACAAAGGAAAACAAGGAGGCUACAUUUGAAUGUGUGGUUAAGAUCAACUACCCAGAGAUCUCUCUCUCUUGGUACAAAGACACAAAGAAGCUGUCAACUGAUGACAAAUAUGAUGUUAAAGUGUCAGGUGACCGCCACACACUGAAGAUCAAAAACUGCCAGUCUUCAGACCAGGGAAAUUACCGGGUAGUGUGUGGACCUCACAUCUCAAGUGCAAAACUGACAGUUUUAGAGUCAAAAGAACAGAUGCCGUCUUCGGCUGAUCAAAUUCAGUUCACCAAACGCAUCCAGAACAUUGUGGUGAAUGAACGUCAAUCAGCAACUUUUGAAUGCGAGCUUUCUUUCGACAAUGCCAUUGUUACCUGGUACAAAGACUCAUGGGAACUCAAAGAAAGCCCAAAGUAUACCUUCAGGUGUGAAGGAAGGCGUCACUUUAUGAUCAUCCGCAAUGUAACUGCUGAAGACGAAGGCGUGUACUCAGUGAUCGCACGAUUGGAGCCCGUUGGUGAAGCUAAGAGCACAGCUGAGCUUUAUCUGUCAGGCAAAGAAGUUAAUUUAGGAAGGGUUCCGCAAGAUGUCCCCGAUACAUCAGUGCAAGUUCCUGAAGUGUCCUCCGUAAUUAGUUUUAAAGAUGAGACUUCAGACUACUAUCGCUAUGAACAAAAAACAGAAAUAACAGCGGUCGAAAGUUGGACUGUCCAAGAAGAAACUGUGGUUGAGUUCUCUUCAGUGAAAGACACAAGGAAACCAGUUGAUGAGACUGUUCCCAAAACAAUGGUGGGGAUGAGAGAAGAAAAGCCUGUGAAAGUACCCGAGGUGCAGAAGGCAGAAGAGAAACCUGUAACAGCUGUUUCACAGGAACCUACAAAACCAUCCAAAGUACCUGAAGCCAAGAAGCCUGUGGAAGAAAAAGUGACUCCAGUAAAAACACCUGAACAAAAAGAGAAACCAUCAACCAAAGUGACUCCUGUUGAGAAGACACCUUCACCUAAGGCACCAACAGCAUCUCCCAAGCUUUCCCCUUCAGAAGGUGCAGGAGAAGGAGUACAGGCCCCUGGACCAGUUAAAAAAGAUGGAACACCAAAGGAAGAAGCAGCAGGUGCAGGUAGAGGUAGAGGACUGAAAGCGAGACAAACACCUUCCCCUGGUGAUGGUGGAAGGGGCAGAGGAUUGAGGCCUGGUGGAGGCAAACCACCUCCUGAGGAGCCAGCCUUUGCUGGUUUUAAACUGAAAGCAGUGCCUCUGAAGUUCACCAAACCACUGAAAGAUAUUGUGUUGCAAGAGGCUGAGUCAGUUGGUUCCGCUGCUGUGUUUGAGUGCGAGGUCACACCCUCCACUGCUAUCACCACAUGGAUGAAGGAUGGCAGCAACUUGAGGGAGAGCCCUAAGCACAAGUUCACCUCUGAUGGCAAGGACCGCAAGUGUACAAUCAUUGAUGUCCAGCUCUCUGACAAUGGUGAAUACACUUGCAUUGCCAAAAAUGCAGGCAAGGAGGCAACAUCUGUUGCCAAGCUGAUUGUUGAAGAGUUGCCAGUGAAAUUCACUAAGACUCUUGAAGAGGAGACAUCUGCUCUCAAGGGUCAGCAUCUCUACCUGACCUGUGAGUUGAACAAAGAGAGGGAAGUGCAGUGGAAGAGGAAUGGCCAACCACUGAAACCAAUAGCUGGAAAGACCAGCAUCAAUGUCAUCGGAAUGCAACAUGCAGUGACAAUUCAAAACAGUGAUGAAAAUGAUGCAGGUGUUUACACUUGUGAAGUGGAGAACAUCGACACCAAGACCGUCGUCAAAGUAAUUGAAAUCAUCAGAGACUGGAUUGUAAAACCCCUUAGGGAUCAGCACGUCAAACCCAAAGCUAAUGCUACCUUCAAGUGCGAGCUCUUCAAGGAAACUCCCAACUGGAAGUGGUUCAAAGGAGACAAGGAAAUUCCAAAUGAUCCCACAGACAAGACUGAGGUGAAGAAGGAUGGAAAAGAGCUCACUCUGACCAUCAAAAAUGCAUCCCCUGAUGACAUUGGGGAGUAUGCUAUGGAAGUAGAGGGUCGCAGAUAUACUGCAAAGAUGACACUGGGAGAACGUGAGGCUGAGAUUUUGAAGCCUCUCGUCAGUAUGGAGGUUGUUGAGAAAGAGGAGGCUAACUUUGAGACUGAAAUCUCUGAGGAGGAUGUUCCUGGAGAAUGGAAACUGAAGGGACAAGUUCUCACCAGAUCACCGACAUGUGAUAUCAAAAUGGAGGGAACGAAGAGAUUCCUCAGUCUGAAAAAUGUCCAGCUUGAUCAAUCUGGUGAAGUGUCUUACCAAGCUCUCAAUGCCAUAACAAGUGCAGUGCUCACUGUCAAAGAGAUGGAAAUCGACUUCACUGUGCAUCUGAAGAAUGUUUCUGUGCAUGAAAAGAAACAGGCAAAGUUUGAAUGUACCCUCAAUAAGGAGGUGACUAUGGUCAUGUGGUUAAAAAACUCCGAUAUAAUAACAUCUACCAGUAAAUAUGAAAUCAUUGAUGAUGGGAUGAAACAUAUAUUGGUUAUAAACCAGUGUGAGUUUGAGGAUGAGGCAACUUACACAAUUGAAACCAUGGGCAUAAUGUCGACGGCCAAUCUUACCGUGGAGGGCAUGAGGCUCAAGUUCUCCACACCACUAUCGGAUCAAACUGUGAGAGAAACUGAAACUGCUCGGUUUGAGCUUGAACUCUCUCAUGAGAAUGUACCCAUUACAUGGUACAAAAAUGAAAUAAAACUCCAUCCGAGUCGAACGGUGUUAAUCCAUGUUGAUGGAAACAAACACAGUUUAGAAAUAAAGGAUGUUACUCUAGAUGACACCUGCCAAAUUAAGGCAGAGGCUAACGGAAUGUCCACAACGGCAAACCUGAAGGUCUUAGAGGGUGCUGCCCGUUUUGUGGUCAAACUGCAAGAUUACACUGCAGUCGAGAAGGAUGAAGUUACCCUGGACUGUGAGUUGAGCAAGGACGUCCCUGUGAGAUGGUUCUAUAAAGAAACCGAAAUCAAGGCGUCCAAGAUGGUGACAAUGAGAGCCGAGGGCAAACGAAGGAUUCUGACAAUUAAGAAGGUGGAAGACAAAGAUAAGGGACAGUAUACUUGUGACUGUGAAACAGACAAGACAAGUUGCAACAUUAACAUUGAAGCACGUGAUAUCAAAGUGGUUCGACCCAUGUAUGGUGUUGAGCUCUUUGAUGGCGAAACAGCUCGUUUUGAGGUUGAGCUCUCUGAGGAUGAAGUCCAUAGUCAAUGGAAGCUGAAGGGAGAAGUCCUUACUGCUUCAGCCGAAGUGGAGAUGGUUGAGGAGGGAACUAAACACACUCUGACAUUGUACAGCUGCAAGGUGGCCCAAACCGGAGAAGUGGCCUUCCAGGGCGCUAAUGCCAAGUGUGCUGCCAAUUUGAAAGUGAAAGAACUCCCAAUCACUUUCGUCACUCCACUGAGCGACGUGAAUGUGUACGAGAAAGAUGAAGCUAGGUUUGAGUGUGAGGUGUCCAGAGUACCAAAAACCUUCCGUUGGAUCAAAGGCUCUCAGGAGCUGGAGGCUGACGAGAAGUUUGAGAUGCUCCAGGUGGGCAAGGUAUACACUCUUGUGGUGAAAGCCGCUGCUUAUGAAGAUGAAGCCAAGUAUAUAUUUGAGGCUGAGGACAAGCGAAGCACUGGAAAACUGAUCAUCCAAGGCAUUCGUCUUGAGUUUGUCAAACCGAUCAAGGAUGUGACCGUGAAGGAGCGCGAGACUGCAGAGUUCAAAAUUGAACUUUCCCAUGAGAAGAUCCAGGUGGUAUGGUACAAGAAUGAUGUGCGCCUGCACCCCAGCAAGUUGGUGCACAUGUCAGAGGUCGGCAAAGUCCACACCCUCUCCUUCAAGGAGGUGUCCGUUGAUGACACUGCCCUGAUCAAAAUAGAGGCUCUUGGCAAGACCUCAGAGGCCAUGCUCACUGUUCUAGAGGGAGAUGUUUACUUCACCACCAAGCUGCAAGACUACACUGCAGUUGAGAAGGAUGAGGUUGUUCUCAUGUGUGAAGUCAGCAAGACCUCUGUUGAGGUGAAAUGGUUCAAAGAUGGCAAGGAGAUUAUCCCCUCCAAGAAUGUUAUUAUCAAAUCAGAUGGAAAGAAGCGUAUUCUUACAGUAAAGAAGGCUGAGAAGGGCAACAUUGGUGAAUACACCUGUGACUGUGGUUCUGACAAAUCCACCGCUAGGCUGAACAUUGAAGAGCGUGACAUCAAGGUUGUACGCCCCCUGUACAGUGUUGAGGUAACAGAGACAGAAACUGCCCGAUUUGAGACUGAAAUCUCUGAGGAAGAUGUCCAUGGUAACUGGAAGCUCCUGGGAGAGGUCCUUCACCAGUCUGCUGAUGUUGAGAAGAAGGAGGAGGGCAACAAGCAUAUCCUCAUCCUCUAUAAUGUGCGCAUGAACAUGGCUGGUGCAGUCGAUUUCUCGGCAGCCAAUGCCAAGUCUAGUGCACAGCUUAGAGUUAAAGCACGAGUGAUCAGCUUUAUGAGGCCCCUGAAGGAUAUUACAGUCACUGCUGGGGAGACUGCAAACUUUGACUGUGAACUCUCCUACGAGGGAAUAGCUGUGGAGUGGUUCCUUGCUGGACAAAAACUUGAGCCGAGUGACAGAGUUGUCACCAGGUCAGAGGGCAAACUACACACACUCAAACUUAGAGAUGUUAAAACGUCUGAAGCUGGAGAGGUAACACUUACAGCAAAGGAUUUCAAGGCCAAGGCAAAACUCAAUGUGAAUGAGCCACCAGUUGAGUUCACCAAACCUCUGGAGGACCAGACAGUUGAGGAGGAGGCCACUGCCACUCUAGAGUGUGAAGUCUCCAGGGAAAACGCAGAGGUCACAUGGUACAGAGAAGGACAGGAGAUCCGCAAAAACAAGAAGUAUGAAAUGGUGGCCGAAGGCCGUAUUAGGAGACUCAUCAUCAAGAACUGCACCCCUGAUGACUCAAAGUCAUACACAUGUGACGCCAAGGAGUAUAAGACCUCCGCCUUCCUCAGUGUUGAACCACCCUUUGUUGAGUUCGCAAAGCCUCUUCAUGAUGUUGAGGUCAAAGAGAAGGAAUCUGCCAGAUUUGAGUGUGAAGUAUCACGCGAGACUGCUAAGGUACGCUGGUUCAAAGAUGGCAAUGAGAUCAGAAAGGGCAAGAAGUAUGAAAUUAUUGCCAAGGGAGUACAGCGUAUUCUUGUCAUCAGCAAAUCAGUGUUUGAUGAUGAAGCUGAAUAUGAAUGUGAUGCAAGGACCUCCAAAUCUUCUGGCAUGCUGACCGUUGUUGAGGAGGAGGCAAGAUUCACAAAGAAUCUGUCCAACGUUGAAGGAACUGAAACAGACAGUGUGAAAAUGAUCUGUGAAGUAUCCAAGGCCAGUGCAGAGGUCGUCUGGUACAAAGGUGACGAGGAGUUGCCCGAGGGUGGUAGAUAUGAGCAGGUUCAGGAUGGCCGCAAGAGAAUCCUCAUUAUUCAGGAUCUUCGCUUGGAUGAUGCUGGAGAGUACAACUGCAGACUCCCUAAUGCCAAAACAUCAGCCACUCUGAAGCUCAAUGAACUGGCUGCUGAGUUUAUCUCCAGACCUCAACCCCAGGAUGUGGUUGAAGGUGAAAAGGCAGAGUUUGUGUGCUCAGUCUCCAAAGACACAUUCGAGGUCAAAUGGUUCAGAGGUGACAAGGAACUUCAGUCUGGCGAUAAGUAUGACAUUAUCUGUGACGGAAAGAGAAGAGUGCUUGUCAUCAAGAACUGCGAGCGUAAGGAUGAUGGAGGCUACAUCGCUUUCAUCGGAACGGUUAAGGCAUCAGCUGAACUGACUGUUAUUGAAAAACUCAGGAUUAUCACACCUCUCAAAGACACUACAAUGAAGGAGGGACAGGAGGUUUCUCUCAACUGUGAGGUCAACUCCGAUGGAGCCAAAGCAAAAUGGAUGAAGAAUAGCGAGACCAUCUUUGAGAGCAGCAAGUUCAUCGUGGCUCAUAGGGACAAUGUUUUCUCUCUAAGAAUCAAGAAUGCUGAAAAGUCAGAUGAAUCCGAGUACACCGUCACACUGACCAACCAGCGUGGUGAACAAGCCAAGAGUUCCUGCAAAGUCUCUGUUGACGAGGAGCAAAUCAAAAUUGUUGAGCCUAUUGAGGACUGUGAAACACAGGAGAAGAAGACCAUCACCUUCACAUGCAAGGUGAACAGACCAAAUGUUACCGUGAAAUGGAUGAAGGCUGGUCAGGAGAUCACCUUCAGCAAACGCAUCCUGUACAGGGUGGACAACAAGAAGCACACUCUCACCAUCAAAGACUGCGUCAUGGAUGAUGAGGGUGAAUACAUUGCCAUGGUUGGAUCCGACAAGUCCGCGGCCGAGCUGAUCAUCAGCGAAGCCCCUACUGACUUCACCGGACAGCUCAAAGACCAGACCAUCACUGAGUUUGAGGAGGCUGUGUUCCGCUGCAAGUUGUCCAAAGAGAAAGCUAACGUGAAAUGGUAUAGAGAUGGCAGAGAGGUCCGGGAAGGAAAAAGAUACAAAUUUGAGAGGGAAGGAAAGACAUGCACUCUUCACAUCAUGAACUGCAGACCAGAUGAUGAAUGUGAAUAUGCCUGUGGUGUGGAGGACAGAAGAACCAGGGCUCGGCUCUUUGUUGAAGAGACCCCGGUGGAGAUCGUCAGACCUCCUGGAGAUGUGUUCGAGCCUCCAGGCUCAGAUAUUGUCUUUGAGGCUGAGCUGAACAAAGACAGGGUGGAGGUCAAAUGGAUGAGGAACAACAUGAUCAUUGUCCAGGGUGACAAGUACCAAAUGCUGAGCGAGGGCAAAGUUCACAGACUCCAAGUCUGUGAGAUCAGGCCUCGUGACCAGGGCGAGUACAGAAUCGUUGCCAAAGACAAGGACGCCAGAGCCAAGCUUGAGCUGGCAGCUGUGCCAAAGAUCAAGACUACUGACCAGAACCUGGUGACAGAUGCUGGAAAGCCUUUCGUUAUGACUGUCCCUUAUCAUGCCUAUCCACGUGCUGAGGCUGAGUGGUUCUUCAAUGACUCCAGCUUGCCAUUCCAGAACGUUGAUACCUCUGCAGAGAAGACUGACUACAGACUGAAACACCCCAAGAAGGCCGACCAAGGUCGUUAUAAGGUUGUGAUCAAGAACAAACACGGACAGGGAGAGGCUUUCAUCAAUCUGGACGUCAUUGAUGUUCCUGCACCUGUCAAGAACCUGAAAGUGGUUGACACCUCUGAUGGAGAGGUCAGCCUUGCAUGGGAGGAGCCAGAGAACGAUGGUGGAAGCAAGAUCAUCGCUUAUGUUGUGGAGAGACGCGAUGUCAAGCGUAAGACAUGGACUCUGGCAACUGACCGUGCUGACAUUCCAGAGUAUUGUGUUGGUGGACUGCAGAGGGACAACUUCUACCUCUUCCGUGUCUGUGCUCGCAACAGAGUUGGAAAUGGAAAAACCGUUGCUACUGACAAACCUGUUCAGGCUAAGAACAUGUUUGAUGUUCCUGACGCUCCUCAGAAUGUCAUGGUUGGGGUUGUUAAUAGGUAUGGUGCCACCGUCUCCUGGGAACCUCCACUUGUUGAUGGAGGAUCUGAGAUCACCAACUACGUCAUUGAGCUCCGGGACAGGACAUCGGUGAAGUGGGAAGCAGCGCUGGUGACCAAGGCUUCAGAUCGCACUGCGACACUCACUGACGUUGUGGAGAACAAGGAGUACAUCUUCCGUGUCAGAGCAGAGAACAAGGCUGGUGUCGGCCAGCCAAGUGCUGCCACUGAUCCAGUGAAGAUUAUGGACCCCAUUGAUAAGCCAAGUCCACCACUGAACUUCAACUACUCACAUCAAACCAAGCAAUCUGUGCAGCUUGAAUGGGAGACCCCAUUGAGCAACGGAGGUAGUAUGAUUACAGGCUACAUCAUUCAGAAGUCUGAAGAGGGAUCAGACAAGUGGCUGAGAUGCAAUGCCAGACUCUGCCAGGACCUUUGCUACAAGGUGUCUGGGCUGAAGUUUGGACAGAAGUAUCUCUACAGAGUAAGUGCAGAGAAUGCCGCUGGAGUUUCCGAUCCUGCUGACACACUUGGACCCCUCUUGGCAGAUGACCCACAUGUCGGUCCAACAAUGGACCUCAGUGGAUUCAGAGAUGGCCUUGAGGUUAUGGUUCCUCACCCUCUUACUAUCCGCGUGCCAAUCUCUGGAUACCCCACACCCAAAGCCAGAUGGAGCUUUGGUGAUAAAGAUUUGAGUACUGCUGAUGAACGUGUGACCAUGACAACUAAGCAGAACUACACUGAACUGGUCAUUUGUCCAAGUGUCCGUCCAGACAAAGGAACAUACACUUUGCACCUGGAGAAUGAUGCCACCACUGUCUCAGGAGAGAUUGACGUCAAUGUCAUUGCAUCUCCAAGUGCACCCAAGGACUUCAAGGUUCCUGAGGUCACCAGACACCAUGUGCACCUCACAUGGGAGGCUCCAGAGUAUGAUGGAGGCAGCCCUGUCAUUGGCUACCAGAUCGAGAAGCGCGAGGUGUCCAGAAAGACCUGGGUCAAGGUAAUUUCUGGCGUGCAGGAUCUGGAAUACACUGUCACUGAUGUCAUCGAGGGCAAGGAGUAUUUGUUCAGUGUUACUGCUUGCAACAAGUGCGGCCCUGGAGAACCAGCAUACAUUGACGAGCCAGUCAAUGUCUCCUCACCAGCAACUAUUCCUGAUCCACCUGAGAACCUUAAAUGGAGGGACAAGACUGCCAAGGGCAUCUUCCUCCUCUGGGAAUCUCCCAGGUAUGACGGCGGUGCACCAAUCAAGGGCUACAUCGUGGAUAAAUGCCAACGUGGAACUGACAAGUGGGAAGCUUGUGGAGACCCCAUGCCUGAGCUGAAAUAUCAAGUAACUGGCCUUACUGAGGGGCAGUGGUAUGCUUACCGUGUGAGGGCCGUGAACAAACUGGGAGCCAGUAGACCUUGCCGUGCCACAGAUGAAAUCCAGGCUGUUGAUGCUAAAGAACCUCCAGAGAUUCAGCUGGAUGUCAAACUUCUUGCUGGUCUGACUGCCAAGGCAGGAUCAAAGAUCGAGCUCCCUGCUGAUGUGCUUGGCAAGCCCGAUCCUAAGGUAAAAUGGACCAAAGCUGACCUUGUCCUGAAAGAUGACGACAGGAUUAAAAUUGACACCAAGCCUGGUCAUUCCACACUGGUCAUUGCCAAGACAACCAGAAGUGACACUUCUACCUACAUUAUUGAGGCUAUGAACUCCAGUGGACGUGCAACUGCAACAGUUGAUGUCAACAUUCUUGACAAACCUGGCCCACCUGCUGCCUUUGAUAUCUCUGACAUCACCAACCACUCCUGCUCCCUGGCCUGGAAUCCACCCAGGGAUGAUGGUGGCUCUCUCAUCACCAACUACAUUGUGGAGAUGAGACCCGCAGACAAGGAAGAGUGGAAGAAACUAUCUGCCACUAUUAAAGCAACCACCUUCAGCGCCAAAAAACUUGUGGCUUUGAAGGAGUACAUCUUCAGAGUGUCUGCUGAGAACCAGUAUGGCAUUGGUGCACCUGUAGAGCAUAUGCCCAUUGUGGCCAAAUAUGCAUUCGAUCCUCCUGGUGCACCAACUAGAGUUACACCUUCUGAUAUUGCAAAGGAUGCUGUGACUCUGACUUGGUAUGAGCCUGAUGAGGAUGGUGGUAGCCCCAUCACUGGGUACUGGGUGGAGAAGUUUGACCCAGAGAAUGACAAAUGGAUUAGAUGCAACAAGCUACCAAUCAAGGAUGCAACAUUUAGAGUGAAAGGACUGCCAACUAAGAAGAAGUACAGAUUCCGUAUUCUGGCUGAGAAUCUUGCCGGACCAGGAAAACCAAGCACUGACACCGAUCCAGUCCUGGUUAAGGAUCCAAUUGAUCCUCCAUGGGCUCCUGGCAAGCCAUUCAUCAGAGACAUUGCCAAGACCUCUGCAACCCUUCAGUGGACCAGGCCUGAACAUGAUGGCGGGGCUAAGAUUGAGUCCUACAUCAUUGAGUUCCUGAAGAGCGGAACCGAGGAAUGGGUCCGUGCAGCUGAAGAUGUGCCCACCACUGAACACUGCUUGAAAGGACUCAUGGAGAAUCAGGAGUACUCAUUCAGAAUUAAGGCUGUCAACGUUGCUGGCGAGAGUGAACCCAGCGAGCCAAGUGAUCCAGUUGUCUGCAAGGAGAGACUCUAUCCUCCAUCACCUCCACGCUGGAUUGAGGUGACUAACAUCACUAAGCUCUCCGCCGACUUCAAGUGGACUGAACCAGACUCAGACGGUGGCUCUCCAAUCACCAACUACAAUGUGGAGAAGAGAGAUGUCAGGCGUAAGACCUGGCAGACUGUGGACACCACUGUGAAGGAAUGCAAAUAUACUGUCACUCCCCUGAACGAAGGAUCACUUUAUGUGUUCCGCGUGUCGGCCGAGAAUGCUGUUGGCCAGAGCGACUUCUGUGAACUGGAGGACUCUGUGCUAGCCAAGGAUACCUUCACUACUCCUGGACCUCCUUACGCCCUGACUGUGGUUGAGGUGACAAAGAGACAUGUUGACCUGAAGUGGGAGGCUCCCAAGAGUGAUGGCGGAAGACCAAUCACAAAGUAUGUCAUUGAAAAGAAAGAGAAACUGGCAACACGCUGGGUUAAGUCUGCAAAGACCCCAGGACCUGAAUGCAAGUACAGGGUGACUGAUGUUGAUGAGGGAACCGAGGUCCAGUUCCAAGUUCGUGCUGAGAAUGAGGCUGGUGUUGGCCACCCAAGUGAACCAACUAUGAUCCUGAUGAUUGAGGACGCAACAAGUGCACCAUCACCUCCAAUAGAGGUCAAGAUCAUUGAUGCAAGCAGAGAGCAUAUCAAUAUCACAUGGAAUCCACCACAGAAGAAUGGAGGAAGCCCUGUCACUGGUUACCAUGUUGAGAUUGCCGAGGCUGGCACUGAGAAGUGGAUGAGAAUCAAUUCCCGUCCAGUCAAGGAGCUUCAAUUCAAGGCAGAGGAGGGUAUUGUUCCAGAAAAGCAAUACGUGCUCAGAGUUCGUGCUAUCAAUGCUAUUGGUGUCAGCAAUCCCUCUGAGAUUUCUGACAAGGUCUUUGCCAAGGAUCCUGAUUGCACACCAACAAUUGAGGUUGAGACCCAAGAGAUUGUUCUUGUUGAAGGUGACAGAAUGCAUCUGAAGCUUCCAUACAGAGCAAUCCCCAAACCAACCAUGGUUUGGAAGAAGGAAGAGACUGAGAUGAAGACUGAUGACAGGAUCACCCUGACCUGUGAGCUGAACAGUGUGCACUUGGAGCUGCCAAAGUGUGUGCAUGCUGAUGCUGGAGUGUACACAGUUACUCUGGAAAAUACACUUGGCUCUGUCACUGGCACCGUCAAUGUUAAAGUCAUUGGCCUGCCUGGACAAUGUAAGAUCAUUGAUGCCUGUGAAGUCACCAAGAACUCCUGCAAGAUCACAUGGGAGCCUCCAGAGAACGAUGGUGGCACUCCCAUCAUCCACUAUGUCCUUGAGAGAAGAGAGGCUUCAAAGAAGACAUUCAUGCCUGUGAUGUCUGGAGACAAUGUUGUUGAAUUCAAAAUCAAGGAUCUUUUCGUGAACGCAGAGUAUUACUUCCGUGUCAAGGCUGUCAACAAGGUGGGAGCUGGAGAGUAUCUUGUCCUCCGCAACCCAGUUAUCACUGAGGAUCAAAAGCAGCGUCCAGACCCACCCAUUGAUGUCAAGGCCAUCAACCCUACUUCUCAGUCCAUCACAGUUACUUGGAAGGCACCAGACUAUGAUGGUGGCCUGCCAAUCAAGGGCUACAUGGUGGAGAAGAUUGAGAAGGAUGGUGAUAGGUUUGGGCCAUGCUGUGACGCUUUGGAGACAGGUUUGACUUACACCGUCAAGGGCCUGACUGAGGGCAAGGAAUAUCAGUUCCGUGUCCGUGCUGAGAAUGCAGCUGGAGUCAGCGAGCCGUCUCGCAGCACGCCCCUGACUGUAGCAGCUGAUCCUGUUGAUCCUCCUAAAGUCACCCUGCAUGCACGCAUCCAGGCUGGCCUGGCUAUCAAGAAAGGUGAUGAGAUCAAGCUGGACGCUUUCAUCUCCGGCUCCCCGUACCCGACUGUGACAUGGCUGAGGAACGACAAGUCUGUCCAGCAAAUAGCCGAGAAGAAGGUGGAGAUUCCCAUCAUCAAGAAAAAGAAGAAGGGCAAAGAGCCAGAGCCAGAGCCAGAGGAGUUCCAUCCCCCUCUGCCUGAUCGUCUGUCCUUCGACCAGAGCAAGAGAGGCGAGACCGCCAUGAUGGUGCGUGACUCCAUUCGUGGGGAUCACGGCAAGUAUACCAUCGUGGUUGAGAAUCAGCAUGGUGUUGCUAAGGCAUCUUGUGAAGUCAACGUCCAAGAUAAACCUGGUAGGCCAGUCAACUUUGAAUUUGAAGAGAUCAGGAACACCUCCGUUGUAUGCAAGUGGGACGCACCUCUGGAUGAUGGUGGCAGUGAGAUCCUGAAUUACAUGGUUGAGAAGAAAGACAACAAGAAUGAGGAGAUUGGCUGGGUCACUGUCACUUCAACUCUUAAGGGUUACAGCUGCCCUGUGACCAAACUCAUUGAAGGAAAGGAAUACAUUUUCCGUGUUACUGCAGAGAAUAAGUUUGGAUGUGGACCUUCUUACAUCUCUGAGCCACUCAUUGCCAAAAAUCAAUUUGAUCCUCCUGAUGCACCAAACAUGCCAAGAAUUGGCGAAGUUACUGCAAACAGUGCUGCUCUCUCAUGGCAUGAGCCCAAAGACAACGGCAGCCCUAUUCUGGGCUACUGGGUUGAGAGACGUGAAAUCAAUGGCAAAUACUGGAACAGGGUGAACUCCAACCUCCUCAGUGCGCUCUCAGUCAAGGCAGAGGGACUCAUGGAAGGCCUGACCUACAUUUUCAGAGUUUGUGCUGAGAAUCUUGCUGGCCCUGGCGAAUUCAGCCCCCAGACUGAUCCUCAGAUGGCAAUGGAUGCAAUUUUGACACCUGGGCCACCUAUUCCAAGAAUCCUUGACACUUCCAACACAACUGUUGAUAUCGCCUGGCAGCCUCCUCUGUAUAAUGGUGGUGGAGACAUCCUUGGUUACCACAUUGAACGCUGCCUGGUUGGCGAGAAGGAUUGGGUCCGCUGCACAGAGUACAGGUGCAAGGAGUGCAAGUACACUCUCACAGGACUGACAGAAGGCUCUGAUAUUAUCAUUCGUGUGUUUGCCGUCAAUGAUGCAGGCAACGGCCCACCUGGAGUGACUGAACAAGUCCUGGUUAAAGAACCUGAAGAGGCUCCAGUGGUUGAGUUAGACAUCUCUGUGAGGAACGGAGUCAUCAUCAAGGCUGGUGAGAGCCUGAAGCUGCCUGCCACCAUUGCUGGUAGACCCAAGCCUGAGAUUGCAUGGACAAAGGAUGACGCUGAGCCCGACAAAGAGCGUGUUGUCAUUGAGACCGCUGGAAAGAACAGUGUUCUUUUCAUCAAGUAUGCCGUGAGAACGGACUUUGGCAAUUACCAGAUCACCGGAAAGAACCCUAGUGGAACCAAGUCUGCAUCUGUUAAAGUCGAUGUCAUGGAUGUUCCUGGACCUGUGGUUGAUCUUAAGACUACUCAAGUGAACAAGAGGAUUAUAUCUCUGGCAUGGUCCGAUCCACUUGACAAUGGUGGAAGUGAUAUCAUGGGAUAUGUUGUGGAGAGAAAGGAUGCUAAAAUGCAACUCUACAGACAGCCCUUGGAGACUGCCUCCUGCAAAUGUGACAUUGUUGGUCUUCUUUCCGGAGAGGAAUACAAGUUCCGUGUUGUGGCAAGAAACAAAUAUGGCCUUGGAGCACCAGUUGAUCUGGGCCCUAUUCUUGCUGCCGAUCCAUUAGGUGUGCCCACUGCCCCACAGAAACUGCAUUACACUGACAGAGGCAAGACUACCAUUACCCUCGCCUGGGAGCCUCCUCGCAGUGAUGGAGGCAGUCCAAUCAGUGGCUACUAUGUUGAGAAGAUGAGACACGACUCAAACGAGUUUGACCCUGCCAAUCGUAAUAUCUGCAAGGACUGCACUCUGGUUUUGGAGAACCUGUCUGAGAACCAGUCAUAUCAGUUCCGUGUCAAGGCCGUCAAUGAGAUCGGAAAUGGCGAGCCCUCAAAACCAAUCACUGCUGUUAUCAUGGAUGAUCAAAUUGCCCCAACUGUGACAUGGCUGAAGUAUUUCAAGAGGGAUUCUAUCAUUGUCAGGGUUGGCAAAGCCAUUGACAUCCCAGCUGAAAUUGUAGGUCUGCCACUACCAACCUUUGUGUGGUCCAAGGAUGGAGUUGUGAUCGACAAGCCUCCUGAGACAAUAACACUUGAAGAAGAGGAGAUUAACAGAACAACAAUACGCACCAAGUUCAGUGUCCCUGUGACUGUCAGAUCAGAUACUGGUGUUUACACACUGACAGCAACAAAUAUCUAUGGCAAAGCUGAACCCAGAAUCAAAGUGGAAAUCUUGGAUCGCCCUUCACCACCAAGAGAUAUUGUGGUCUCUGACAUCAAAGCGGUAUCCUGCUACCUCACCUGGAGUGCUCCAGAUGACGAUGGCGGAAGUGAGAUUAUGAACUACAUCAUUGAAAGGAGAGAUGCCAUCAAGAAGAAGUCUGACUGGGAGCAGCUGACCUGCGUCAUUGUUGACAGGCGAUACGGGGUAUAUAAAAUGAAUGCGUAUGGCUCCUACCAGUUCAGAAUCCUGGCUGAGAACAAGUUUGGAAUCAGCGAUGGCUGUGAAUCUGAUAAGAUUGAACUUAAGGAUCCGUUUGGUCUUCCUGGACCUCCGAGGAACCCUAAAAUUAUGUCAUGCACUAGCAGUUCAAUGGUUGUUACCUGGGAGCCACCGCUGGAUAAUGGUGGAUCCAUGAUUCAGGGCUACUGGUUGGAGAAGAGAGAGAGAGGUGCAGUGUACUGGGGCCGUGUAAACAGAGCUCCAGUCACAAAGCCAGCAGUUAAGGGACUGGAAUACACAGUUCUCCGCCUUAAUGAGGGUUCAGAGUACCAGUUCCGUAUUAUGGCUGUCAAUGCUGCCGGACUUGGACCCCCAAGUGAGGCAUCCGAGUGCAGAACCGCCGUGGAUAAAAGGAGCCCACCUGGUCCACCAUCAAGUCCAGAGGUUGCAGAUAAAACCAAGAACAGUAUUACACUUACCUGGACCCCACCAGAGAGAGAUGGUGGAAGUCCCAUUAAAGGGUACAUUGUUGAGUAUCAUGAGGAGGGUGACGUGGAAUGGAAGAGAGCAAAUCUGCCAGACAAGCUGGUUCCAGGCACUAAAUUCACAGUUCCUGAUCUCAAAGAGAACAGGAAGUGCCGAUUCAGAGUCAUUGCAGUGAACGCUGCAGGCGAAUCGGAACCAGGUGCAAGAAGUGCUGAUACCAUGGUGCAGGAUAUCCUUGUGGAGCCUAUUAUAGCAGUGGAUGUCGACGUGCAAGAGCUUGUAUCCAUCCACGCUGGUGCACCCAUCAAAAUUCCAGUCACCAUCACUGGACGCCCUAUGCCUAAGUUCUCAUGGACGUUUGAAGGUCCAGCUGAAACUGAGAAGAAGAAUGAAGUUCAUACUCUUCCAGUGGACUUACAGGUUCGAGACACUGAGACAACAUCAGUCAUAACAAUCCCAGAGAGUAGACAGGCACACACAGGACGGUUCAUCAUCUCUGCUGAAAAUGCAGCUGGACAUAAAAAUGUCAAGGUCCGGGUGGCUGUUCUUGAUCUGCCAGGCAUAAUUAGAGACCUGAAAAUAAGUGAUGUCACUCAUGGCACUUGUAGACUGUCCUGGAAACCACCAGAGAAUGACGGUGGAGAUAGAAUCAAGAGUUACUUCAUUGAAAAGAAAACUGUUGAUGGUAAAGCCUGGACCAAGGUCAACCCAGCUUGUGGCACUCUGUCUAUGAUGGUCGCAGACCUCAGUAAGGGACAGGACUACCUGUUCAGAAUUCGUGCUGAGAACAGUCUUGGUUUUGGACCACACUUUGUAACCGAAGAGGGGAUCAGAGCCAGGGAUCCAAUUCAUCCUCCUGAUCCUCCAACAAGAGUCAAAAUUAUAGAAGUGCAUAAGGGCACUGUCACACUGUCUUGGAAGCCACCCAGGAACGAUGGGGGAGCACCUGUUACUAACUACAGUGUUGAAAGGCUCUGGUGGGACACAUGUGGAGACCAGAAAGAAGCCUGGAGACAGGUCAACAGACGUGACAUUGAGGACCUUACAUUCAAGGUUGAAGAUCUUGUUGAGGGUGGAGAAUAUGAGUUCCGUGUCAAGGCUUUCAACGAAGUUGGAGGAAGCAGACCAUCUUCCACCGCAGGGCCUAUCAUUGUUAAAGACCAGACAAAGGCACCAUCCAUUAAACUUGAGGAAUUCCUUGAGGUUGAACAAGGAGCUGACAUCAGCAUUGUGGCUAAAAUCAAAGGAUGCCCCUUCCCCACCCUUACCUGGUUUAAGGCUCCAGCCCACAAAUCAGAUGCUAAGGUUGAGGUGCAGUACGACGAGCACAUCAACAAGAUUGUGUCUGAUGAUAGCUGCACUCUGCUGAUCCAGCAGGGCAAGAGGGAAGACACUGGGCUAUACACCAUCACAGCCAGCAACAGUAUGGGCAAGGCCUCCAAAGAGAUGAGACUCAAUGUCCUUGGACGUCCCGGACCACCAUCCGCACCCAUCAAAUUUGAGGAAAUCAAGGCUGAACAGAUUACUCUGUCUUGGCUGCCUCCCAAAGAUGAUGGUGGCUCAAAGAUCACUAACUAUGUGAUUGAGAGACGUGUAUCAAACCGUCUGACAUGGAUCCCUGUCACCAGUGAGCCUAAGGAGCGCCUUUGGACCGUGGAGAAUCUCAUGGAGGGACAUGAGUAUAUUUUCCGCAUCAGGGCGCAGAACAAAUACGGAGUUGGUGACCCACUGGACAGCGCACCAGAACAAGCUAGAAAUGUUUGCAUUCCCCCAGGCCAGUGUGAAAAGCCAACCAUUUCAAGUAUCGCAAUGGAUUCAAUGACUGCAAACUGGGAGGAGCCCGGGUCAGAUGGUGGCUCCCCCAUCACAGGCUAUUGGCUUGAGCGCAAGGAGACCACCUCCAAACGAUGGGUCAGAGUUACUCGUGAUCCAAUUAAGCCCAUGCCUCUUGGUGUGUCAUUCCGUGUGACCGAUCUCAUUGAGGGGUCUGAGUACCUCUUCCGUGUGACAGCCAUUAAUGUGGCUGGAAUGGGACCACCAAGUGCGCCUUCUGAUCCAGUCUUUGCCCGGGACCCUAUUUCUCCUCCUGGACCUCCUACUCCCAAAGUUAUUGACUGGACCAAAUCUACUGUUGAUCUGGAAUGGAUCCCACCACUAAAGGAUGGCGGAUCAAAGCUCAAGGGCUACUAUGUUGAAUACAAAGAAGAGGGAACUGAGGCAUGGGUCAAAGCCAGAGAAAAAGAAGUGAGAGGAACCAGACUUGUUGUGACUGGACUGAAGGAGAAAGGCCUUUACAAAUUUAGAGUUGUGGCAUUCAAUACUGCUGGACUUGGAGAACCGGGCGAGAUUCCUGAGGCCCUUGAAGUCAAGGACAGGACAAUUGCCCCUUCUAUUGAGCUCGACCUGUCGGUGAAGGAGAGGAUGGUUGUUCACGCUGGAGGAGUCAUUCGCAUCCUGGCCUACGUGACUGGCCAGCCUCCACCCACAAUCACAUGGAACAGAGAUGAUGGUGCUGUACCAUCGGAUGCUGUUGUCGAGACCACUGCCAUCAGCUCCUCUAUGGUAAUCAAGUCAUGCACCAGGAAACACCAGGGCACCUACUCUAUCACCGUAACGAAUGGUGGUGGUGAGGUGAAGAGAGCCAUUGUUGUUGAUGUUCUGGAUGUCCCCGGUCCAGUGGGUAUACCAUUCACAGCAGAACACCUCACAAGUGACUCAUGCAAGUUGAACUGGCUGUUCCCAGAGGAUGAUGGUGGUUCUGCCAUCACCAACUAUGUGAUUGAAAAACGUGACGCUGAGCGCAAGGCAUGGACCUCAGUCUCUUAUACCAUCACCAGACACAGUGCUGUGGCUCACAACCUGAUUAUUGGAAAAGCCUACUUCUUCCGAGUUGCAGCUGAAAAUGCCAUUGGACUGGGUCCAUUCAUUAACACCACUUCAGAGAUUAUCAUCAAGGAUCCAAUUACUGUGCCAGACCGCCCAGAGGAUCUUCAGGUGACAGCCGUAGCUAGAGACCACAUCAGUGUCACUUGGAAACCACCAAAGUUCGAUGGAGGUUCUGAGGUAAUUUCCUACAUCUUGGAAACCCGUACGAUUGGCAAAGACAAAUACGUCAGACUCACCAAAGACACACUGAUGGACAGGAGGUACACCUAUGAUGGUCUGCGGGAGGGUGACUCUUAUGAAUUCCGUGUCAGUGCUGUGAAUGAAGUUGGUCAGAGCAAGCCAUCCUUCUGCACUAAAGCAAUCACAUGCAGAGAUGAACUAGAGCCCCCAACCAUUGAGCUUGACUUCCGUGACAAGUUUAUCAUUCGCGUUGGUGAGAGCUGUGCUCUUCAGGGUCGGUAUACUGGAAAGCCUGCUCCAUCUAUCACUUGGUCCAGAGAUGAUGAGGACUUGAAAGCAGAUGAGCAUAUCAAGUUCAAGAAUACUCUGACUACCAUGUGUCUUGGCCUUAUGAAGGCUAAGCGUGAGCACAGUGGCAGAUACUGUGUGACUGUGGAGAACAGCACUGGAGCCCGCAAAGGCAUUUGCAAUGUCACCGUUGUUGACCGCCCAUUGCCUCCAGUGGGUCCAGUUGUCUUUGAGGAGGUCCACAGAGACCACAUGGUCAUUUCUUGGAAGCCUCCUCUUGAUGAUGGUGGUUGCGGAAUUUCCAACUACAUUGUUGAGAAGAGAGACACCAACAGAGAGGCGUGGACUACUGUCACAUCAGCCAUGACAAAGACAACAUGCAAAGUGCCCAAACUCGAGGAGGGACGUGAAUACAUCUAUAGAAUCUCUGCUGAGAAUAUGUACGGCAUCAGCGACCCACUGGAUUCUGAGGAGAUGAAAGCUAAAGAUCGUUACAGAGUACCCGAGGCACCUGAGGAACCCACUGUGAGGGAGGUGUACCACGACUCAGCCCUAAUCAUCUGGAACCGACCACGUGAUGGUGGCAAGCCCAUCACCAAUUAUAUCCUUGAGAAGAAGGAGCCAUCUGCAAAGAGAUGGAAUCGUGCUACAAGGGAUCCUAUUUAUCCAAAUACUACAUACCGGGUGCAGGAUCUUGUUGAAGGCACACAGUAUUUAUUCCGUGCUACAGCAGAGAACGAAAUGGGCAUUGGUGACCCAAGCCCGCCAUCACAGCCAAUCCUUGCUAAAGAUCCCGUUGUUCUUCCAACUCCUCCAGUCCUGCCAGAGGCUGUUGAUAAGACCAAGGAUUCAGUGAGUCUGUCUUGGCGUGUACCUCGUCACGACGGCAAAGGCAAACUCCUUGGCUACAUGGUUGAGUAUCAGACGCCUGGUGCCGUUGAAUGGGUGAAGGCUAAUGAGACUCCUGAUCAAUGCACAGACACAAAGUUUGUGGUUACAAACCUGACUGAUGGACUGGACUACAGGUUCAGGAUCAUGUCUGUGAAUGCAGCUGGAGCCUCUGAGCCUGCAUACAUCAAGCAAGAUAUUAAAGUCCACGACAGACUUGAGGUUCCUGAGUUGCUGCUGGAUGGCAAUAUGUCUCGUGACCAUCUGGCUAUGGUGGGAACAGACAUUGUACUUAGCGCUACAAUCAAGGGUAUGCCUAUUCCAACUGUCACAUGGAAGAAGAAUGGUGAGGAAGUUCCAGCUAAGUGCAUCAUUGGGGUCACAGCAACUGGAAGCAAAUUAGAAAUCCGCAACUGUGAUCGCAGCGACAGUGGCAAUUACACCUUAACUGUGGAAAAUGCAGCUGGAACAAAGACUGCCACUUGUGCAGUGCUCACCCUCAAAAAACCUGAUCCUCCUCGCAAUCUGAAUGUAUCUGAGGUCACAAGUGAAGCCGCCUAUCUUACCUGGAAAGCCCCAGAGGAUGAUGGUGGAGCUGUGAUUUCUCAUUAUGUUGUACAAAAGAAAGAUGUUGCAUCUGACAAGUGGGUGCCAGUCAAUGCCUCCUGCAAGAAACAUAGCCUUAUGGCCCUGUAUCUGAUGGAAGGAAUUCAGUAUUUGUUCCGGGUGGCUUCUGAGAAUCAAUUUGGCAGAAGUGAAUUUGUUUUAACCAAAGUACCUAUCAAGGCUAUUGAUCCUCUCUACCCACCUGGUCCACCCAAGAAUUUGCAUCAUACCGAUGUAGAGAAGACUGAAGUUUGGCUUCAGUGGGAGUGGCCAGAACGCACUGGAGGAAGUGAAAUCACAGGAUUUAUUGUUGAGCACCAAGAGGAGGGAAAGACUGACUGGGUCAGCUUCAAAACAGUCAACGACGCCAAGAGCCAUGUGACUGGAUUGGAAGAAGGAAAGACUUACAGAUUCCGAGUGAAAUCACAAAAUGCCAUUGGCAUCAGCACACCAGACACCAGUGUUCCAGUGACCUGCCAAGAAAAGCUUUUGGCACCAACUAUUGAGGUGGAUCUGAAGCUAAUUGAGGGUCUCAUUGUCAAAGCUGGCAGCACACUUGUCUUCCCAGCAGUCAUGAAAGGAAUCCCUACUCCCACAGCCAAGUGGACAAGUGACGGCAAUGAACUGAAAACUGAGGGCAAAAUCAAAGUUGAAACUGAGGGAACAUCAACAGUCCUCACCAUCAGUGAAAGUGCUCGCUCAGACAGUGGAGAGUACAUUCUAUCCGUAGCAAACCCAGCAGGAAGCAAAUCUGUUGCUGUGCACGCAACUGUGCUUGACGUUCCUGGUCCACCCAUUGGCCCUGUCGCCAUCCUUGAGGUUACUCCUGACCAUAUGGUCAUCAGCUGGCGUGCGCCAAAGGAUGAUGGAGGAACUCCUUUGAUGAGCUACGUUGUUGAAAAGAAGGAUGUUAAGAAGCCCUGGGAGCCAUGGUCAGUUGUCAACUCAGGAAGCAUGAGCAUGAAAGCCAAGGUUCCUCGCCUAGAGAAGGGCCGUGAAUAUAUUGUACGUGUUCGUGCAGAGAACAGGAUUGGUAUUGGUGCCCCACUAGAAAGCCCACCAACCAUUGCCAAACACAUGUUUGUCCCUCCUGGUACACCAGGCCCACCAUUAUGCUCUGAUAUCACAGAAAAUGCUGUGACGUUGGAGUGGACUGCACCUGAGUCUGAUGGUGGCAGCCCAAUUAGUGGCUACAUUGUGGAGCGCAGAGAACUUACAGGCAAAUGGAUUAGGGUCAACAAGACCCCCGUCCUGGAUCUGAGGUACAGAGUAUCUGGUCUUUUUGAGGGCAACAGCUAUGAAUUCAGAGUCUUUGCUGAGAACGUUGCUGGAGUGAGUGAGCCUUCCUCUCCAUCUGAACCCAUGAAGGCCAAACGGCCUAUUGGUCGCCCGGGUCCUCCCGCGAGCCCCAAAAUAAAAGACUGGAGCAAAUCAUAUGCUGACCUGGUUUGGAGCAAACCCACAAGAGAUGGUGGUAGCCCAGUGUUGGGAUAUGUUGUUGAAUGUCAGAAAUCUAUCAGUGCUCAGUGGGACAAAAUUAACAAAGAUCUCAUUCCAAUGUGUGCAUUCAGAGUACCUGGUCUUAUUGAAGGCAUGGAGUACAAGUUCCGCAUCAGAGCUGCCAAUAUAAUUGGAGAAGGUGAACCAAGAGAGCUUUCUGAGGUGUUACUCGCCAAAGAUAUCCUUGUGCCUCCUGAGGUCAUCGUUGAUGUGUCUUGCCGUGACCUUUUGACCGUCAGGGCUGGACAGAUUAUCAGCCUGGUGACUCGUGUGAAGGGCAGACCUGACCCAGAAAUCACCUGGACAAAGGAUGCAAGGGUGGUGGGCACAGACAGGCGCACUGAAAUUAACACCACGUACCCCUUGGCUGAACUGGUCAUUGAGGAUGCAGUCAGAGAAGAUUAUGGAAAAUAUACCAUCCAGGCUAAAAACAGCAGCGGCAACGCACAAGCCACUAUUAUAGUCAAUGUGCUGGACACCCCUGGCCCAUGCCAGAAUUUGAAAGCAGCAUAUGUGACAAAAAGUUCCUGCAUGGUGUCUUAUGAAAAUCCAGAGGACAAUGGAGGUACAGAAAUUACACACUACAUAAUUGAGUUCCGUCAGCCUAGCCAAAGGAAUUGGACCAUGGUCUCAAACGACUGCACAAAACGUAUCAUUAAAGCUCCUCUUGUGGAAGGUUGUGAAUAUUUCUUCAGAGUUAGAGCUCAGAAUAAGAUCGGUGCUGGAUCAGCAGUUGAGACAAAAAAUCCCAUUCUUGCAGUAGAUCCUGUUGACAAGCCAGGUCCACCAGAGAAUCUUCAGAUUGCAGAAGUUGGUAAAACAUUUGUCUUCCUCAAGUGGAACAAGCCAGAGAAUGAUGGUGGCAGCCGCAACCUUGCCUAUCAUGUGGAGAAGAAACCUAAAGAGGCUGAUGACUGGGAGAGAUUGCACAGAGGUGCAAUUAAGGAUACAUUCUUCAUGGCUGACAGAUGUAUUGAAAAUCAAAUCUAUCAAUUCAGAGUUCAAACAAAGAAUGAAGGAGGUGAGAGUGACUGGGUGACAACCGCAGAAACACUUGUCAAACAAGUUGUUGUGGAACCAAGCCUGAAGUUGGAGGGUGCCUAUAUGAUUAAAGCAGGUGAAACUGUUGCAUUUGAGGCCGAAGUUAAGGGAACACCAAACCCAGAGAUCAAGUGGACCAAGGAGGGUUCCACUAUUGAUUUGCACAGGAGCCCCAGGAUUAAAAUUGAAGGUGGAGUUCAUUUCUCCAAAUUCCUUCUUACAAACUCAAGACGUGCGGAUACUGGAAAGUUUGUCAUCACUGCUACUAAUCCUGGUGGAACCGCAUCUGCUACAGCCGUGUUGAAUGUGCUUGACAGACCCGGUCCAAUCAUAGACCUGAUAGUAUCUGGAAUUUCUGUGGAUAGAUGCAAAUUGUCCUGGGAGAUCCCAGAGGAUGAUGGUGGUUGUGAGAUCUACAAUUACAUUAUUGAGAAGUGUGAACCCCAGAGGGGCGUCUGGUCUGUUCAUUCAUCCGCUGUUAUUACCAAUUCUGCUAAAAUCACGCGCCUCACUGAAGGAAAUGAAUACAUUUUCAGAGUGCGUGCAGAAAACAAGAUGGGAGCUGGCCCUGCGGUUGAGACUGAGACCAUUGUUGCAAGGACGCAGUUCAGUAGGCCUGGAGCACCAGAUACACCAGAGGUGACCAAAGUUACCAAGAAUGAAAUGACAGUUGAGUGGUGUCCUCCUGUUAAUGAUGGAGGAAAGCCAAUCACUGGCUACAUUCUGGAGAAGAAGGAACAGCAUGCGGUCCGAUGGGGACCAGUCACAAAAGAUCCUGUUUCUGGAACAUCGAUGAAAGUGUCCAACUUGUUGCCCAACCAUGAUUACCAGUUCAGAGUCAAGGCUGAAAAUGAAAUUGGAGUAGGCAAUCCAAGCAAGCCUUCCAUAUCACUUGUUGCCAGGGAUGCUCUUGGUCCCCCUGGCCCUGUUGGUAAUUUCAAGGUAUCAGAUAGCACAAAAUCAUCUAUUACACUUGGAUGGACCAAGCCCACUGAUGAUGGUGGUGCACCGAUUAUUGGAUAUGUGGUUGAAACGAGAGUCCCGGGUGCAGCCAAAAAAUCAGAUGAGGCUUGGAAGAGGUGCAAUGUUGCCGCCCAGCUGAUUGUGACUGAAUUCACAGUCUCAAGUCUGGAGGAGAAGCUUCUUUAUGAAUUCCGUGUUUCUUGCCAAAACCAGAUUGGCUUGGGCCCAGCCACUAAUCUUCCGUCAGCUGUUGUACCCAGGGAAAUUCUUGAAAUUCCUGAGAUUGAAUUGGAUGCGGAACUUAAGAAGGGUGUGACAGUCAGAGCUGGUUGCCCAAUUAGACUGGUAGCUACAAUCAGAGGAAGACCUGCACCAACAGUCUUGUGGAGGAAAAUGGGUGUUGACAAUGUUGUCAGGAAAGGUCAUGUGGAUAUCAUUGACACCAUGACAUUCCUCGUUAUCUCUGAAACUAAUAGAAGUGAUACAGGAAAAUACACAUUGAAAGUAUCCAGUGCAGCUGGGGAGAAGGCAGUGUUUGUGGAUGUCAAAGUUUUAGAUACCCCUGGACCUGUGAUUAAUGUGGAGGCUACUGAUAUCAAAGUGAUGUCCUGCAAACUUUCAUGGUCUCCUCCUGACGUUGACGGAGGCAGUCCCGUGACACAUUACAUUGUGGAGAAGCGUGCAAUUGACAAAAAGACCUGGGCAAUGGUUAACACCAAUGUGGACGUAGAAAAGACAACACUUAAGAUAGGCAAUCUUUCGCCAGGCACAGAGUAUUACUUCAGAGUGACAGCUGCCAAUGAGUAUGGUCCUGGUGUGCCAAGAGCAUCUCUACAGUCCUAUCUGGCAUCGGAUCCAGUCAGCAAGCCAGACCCACCGCAGAAGAUUGAUGUACUGGAAAUUACCAAGAACGGUGCAACAAUUGGUUGGGUGAAGCCAAUAAGCGAUGGAGGUGCUAAGAUCGACGGAUAUGUGAUUGAUUAUUUGGAGCUUAAACCACCAAGGAAACCUAAACCAGCAGAGGGUGAACCUGCCCCUGAGGGUGAAGCGGCACCAGAGGGUGAAGCGGCACCAGAGGGUGAGGCUGCACCUGCAGCUGCUCCCGCAUCUGAAACUGAACCUGAGACCGACCCCGAAGCCGACGAAGACGAUGAGGGCAAGCCAAAGGAGUUACCUUGGACACCAUACACGGUUGUCAAAGAUUUAAGUAUUUCUGUGGCUGGGCUUAAACUGGGAAACAAGUACAGGUUCCGUGUUGCUGCCAGAAAUAGCAUGGGUUGCAGUGUACCAACGGAAACCAGGGAGGCCUAUGAAAUCAAAGAACUAAUACUGGAACCCAAGAUUAUCAUGGCUGACACCUUGACUGCAAAGGCAGGAGCUAAACUAAGAGUAGAAGCUGUUGUCUCUGGCAAGCCAGCACCAGAAUGCAAAUGGAAACAUGGAGAGGAUGCUGUCGUCUCAUCCAGCCGCCUUGCGGUGCACAAAUCUCAAAACCUUUGUGUGCUCAUUAUCAAAGAUGUCUCAAGAACAGACAGUGGUCAAUAUAGUCUUGUUGCUGAAAACAGCUGUGCCACAGUGGAAGAAUCCAUCAAAAUUGUCAUUAGAGAUAUCCCUGGACCACCUGAGCCUCCAUUUGAGGUCAGUGACAUUGAUGCUGAUGCCUGCACACUGUCCUGGAAUGCACCUCUGGAGGAUGGUGGAAGCAAAAUCACAAACUAUGUGAUUGAGAAAUGUGAUGUCAGCAGAGGUGACUGGGUCACAGCGUUGUCUUCCUGUGGCAAGACUGGCUGCAGACUUGGCAAGCUUAUCCCUGGAAAGGAGUAUGUGUUCCGAGCUCGUGCUGAGAAUCGCUUUGGCAUCUCCGAUCCUAUCACAUCUGACAGAAUGAUUGCCAGGUUCCCCUUCAAUGUUCCUGGUGAACCUCUGAACUGCCAUAUCAACAAAGUCAACAAAGACUGUAUGUUUGUGGCUUGGGACAGGCCAGAGAGUGAUGGUGGCAGCCCUAUUACUGGAUUCUACAUUGAGCGUAAAGAGAGGAACAGCCUGCUUUGGGUUAAGGCUAAUGAUUCUGCUGUUCGCACAACAGAAUAUCCAUGUGCUGGCCUCAUUGAAGGUCUGGAAUAUACUUUCAGAGUCUCUGCCAUCAAUCGUGCUGGACAAGGCAAACCUAGCAAGAAGACCGACUUUGUUACUGCAAGAACAGCCGUUGAUACACCAGGUAAACCAGAGCCUCUUGAUGUGACAAAGAACACCAUUACACUGGUCUGGACCAGGCCAAAGAAUGAUGGUGGAAGCAAGAUCAUUGGGUAUUAUGUUGAGGCCAUGAAAUUGCCUGGAGACACAUGGAUCCGUUGCAACACAAGCAGCCAGAACGUACCAAGAGAGGAGUACAGAGCUACUGGACUGGAUGAAGAUGUCAAAUACCAGUUCAGGGUUAUUGCAAAAACAGCUGUGAAUAUGAGCAGGCCUUCCGAGAUCUCUGAUCCCAUCCUUGUUUCUGCUGAAAAUGUACCUCCAAGAAUAGAGCUCCAAAUUCAGAUGAAAAAGAUGCAGCCUGUUAAGGCUGGAAGAGAUGUCCGUCUUGAGGCUGAAAUCUUUGGUAAACCAAUGCCAAAGGUUACAUGGAGUAAGGAUGGACAAGUCUUGAAGGGAGACCUAAAUCUGAAGCUGACACAGAAGCGAAAUCUCUUUGGUUUGGAGAUGAAUUCUGUGACGAAAAAGCAAACUGGAGUGUUUACCAUUCUUGCUGAAAAUGCAAGUGGUUCCAAGACUGAGGAAAUCACAGUUAAAGUCUUGGACGUUCCUGGGCCACCAGCUUCUGUCAAGUAUGAUGAGGUGUUAGCAGAAAAGAUCAAGUUGAGCUGGGAACCACCCACUGCAGAUGGUGGUGCACCUUUAAGUAACUAUAUUGUUGAUAAGCGCGAAACCAGCAGGGCUGAAUGGGCCCAGGUAUCUGCCAGAAUCAGUGGCGAGGUCACUGAAUUCACAGUGGAAAGACUGAUUGAGGGACGUGAGUAUCAGUUCCGUGUCCGUGCUGAAAACAGGUUCGGUGCUGGAGAUGGCAUCCUCUCAGGUCCUGUUUUUGCCAGGAAUCCAUACACUGCUCCUGGACCCUGUGACGCUCCAGUAAUUACCAAUGUCACAAAAGAGAAGAUGACUGUAAGCUGGAAGGAACCUUCAGAUGAUGGAAAGUCUCCCAUCACUGGAUUCAUGGUUGAGAAGAAAGAAACCAAAGACAUGAACUGGACAAAACUUAACAGGAAGCCACUCAUGGAGCGAACCCUUGAGGUUACUGGUCUCACAGAAGGAAUUGAAUAUGAGUACAGAGUUAUAGCUGUGAACAAGGCUGGUCCUGGAAAACCCAGUGAAGCAUCUGUUGGUGUCUCAGCAUUGGAACCUAUGUUCCCUCCUGGUCCUCCUGUUUCACCAGUGGUUACAGACACCACACACAGCACAAUCAGCCUGUCCUGGACAAAGCCAGCAAAUGAUGGUGGCGCUCCAAUCUUAGGCUAUCUUGUAGAGUCUAAGAGAUUAGAUGUGAAAGACUGGAUAAGAUGCAACGUCCCCAAGAAUCUCCAGGACACCAAUUACAUUGUUUCUGGACUCUUGACAAACUCUCAGUAUCAACUGCGUGUGACAGCUGUCAACAAAGUGGGUUUCAGUGAGUCAUGUGAAGUCCCAGAAAAACCUUUUGCCAAAGAUAUUUUGGUGGCUCCUGAAGGUCAACUUGAUGCAGAGCUUAAAGAAACACUGGUGUUGAAGGCUGGUUCUGUAAUGAAACUUCAUGCAACAAUAAAGGGUCACCCUGCUCCCAAGGCAAUCUGGGCCAAGAUGAACACCAACAUUAAGGACAGACAAGGAAUCAUCAUAAAGUCAACAGAGUCUGAUACCAUGGUGUUAGUUGAAAAAGUGAACAGAUAUGAUGCAGGCAAAUAUAUUUUGAGUCUUGAAAGCCUCAGUGGAAUGAAGAUGUACACAGUUGUUGUUAAGGUUCACGACACCCCGGGACCACCGCUCAAUCUUAUGGUUAAAGAGACCACAAAAGAAAUGGCACGCAUAUUUUGGGACCAGCCUCUUAUUGAUGGUGGAAGUCCAGUGACAAGUUACAUUAUUGAAAAGCGUGAUGCUGAGAGAAAGGCCUGGUCCUUGGUUUCAGACAACUGCGAAAAGACAUCAUGUAAAAUUGAUGGUUUGGAGGCAGGUAGAUCUUAUAGCUUCAGAGUCAAGGCUGUGAACGAAUUGGGCAUUGGCGAGGCAUGUGAAACUGCAGAUGCUGUGAGGGCCUCUGAACAACCUGGACCAGUCAUGGACUUCAAGCCCAUCUUGGUAACCAAAGAUUCAUGCACUCUUACUUGGAAGAAGCCUAUCAGUGAUGGUGGCAGUCGUAUUAUUGCCUAUAUCCUUGAGGUUCUCAAUGAUGACGAUGAUUGGAAGGAGCUUAUGAGCUCGAAGAACAUGCAAUACAGUGGCAAAGACCUUAUUGAGGGCAGAGAAUACAAGUACAGAGUUAAGGCUAUGAAUGAUACAGGAGAUGGUCCCGAGAAGGAGCUCACUCUGGUGGCAAAGGACACUAUUGUUCCACCGGGCUGUGAUUUGCGUGACCUGCCUAACCUAUGCUACAUUGCUAAGGAGGGAAGCAAUGUCCGUUUGAAGAUCCCAAUCAUUGGCAAACCCAUCCCAACAGUUAAAUGGGUCAAGGGUGAGGACGAAAAUCUCACUGACACUGGCAGAGUGUGUAUGGAAUCGACGUUAGUGAAUACAACUCUGCUGAUUCGGGACUGCCAGAGGAGCGAUGCCUCCAAAUACACCAUCACUCUCAGAAACAGUUUUGGAUCAAAGGAGUCAACCAUUUUUGUCAGAGUGGUCGGGAAACCAGGGCUUCCAGUCGCACCUAUUAAGCUCAAGGAUGUCACGGCUGAUGGUGUGACUUUGAAGUGGGGUGCACCCAAGGAUGAUGGUGGCUCUCCAAUCACAAACUACAUCCUAGAAAAGAGAGAUUCCGUCACCAACAUGUGGGUCACUGUUGCUUCAUCUGUAGAAGAACCUACAUUUAGAGUGACUGGACUCCAUGAAGGAACCGAAUAUAUCUUUAGAGUGUGCGCAGAAAACAAGUAUGGAGUUGGUGAAGGUCUCAAGUCUGAGGCAAUGGUGGCCAAGCAUCCAUUCAAUGUACCUGAUGCACCUCCUCCACCUCAAAUCAUGAGUAUGCGUCACAAUUGUGCCUACCUGGGUUGGUCUGAUCCAAGGAAAACAGGAGGCUCUCCAAUCACUGGCUACCAUGUUGAAUUCAAGGAAAGAAACAGCAUGUUGUGGAAGAGGGCCAACCAGACUCAUGUGAAAAUGAAAGAAUUCCAAGCGACAGGUUUAACUGAGGGUCUGGAAUAUGAAUUCCGUGUCAUUGCAAUUAAUUUGGCUGGUAUUGGCCGACCAAGUGGACCAACUGAGCCCAUGGUUGCCUUGGAUCCAAUUGAUGCUCCCGGUAAACCUGAUGUUAUCAGCAUUACUAGGAGUACAGUAACACUUCAGUGGACUGAGCCUGAGUAUGACGGUGGACACAGACUCACAGGAUAUAUUGUUGAGAGACGUGAUCUGCCUUCCAAAGUUUGGGUGAAGGGCAAUACUAUGAAUGUUGUGGAUUGUGCAUACACUAUCAAAGACUUGCAGGAAGGAUGCAAGUAUGAAUUCAGAAUCCGGGCCAAGAACUCUGCUGGAGCACUCAGCCCACCGUCUGAGCAAACAGACACUAUUGUCUGUUCAGAUGAAUAUGCUGCACCAACCAUCAUUAUUGACUCGACUGUGAUGGAGGGACUUACUGUGAGGGCUGGUGACACAAUUGUCAUAACUGCCACAAGUAUCUUGGGCAAACCUACUCCAACCUCUUUCUGGUCUAAAGGAGGAAAAUUGUUUAAACCAUCGGAUAUAUGCCAGAUUGAGUCGACCCCAACAUCAUCUACUCUCUCCAUCAAGUAUGCAAGCAGAAGUGACACAGGAGAGUAUACCAUUUCUGCAAGUAAUCCAUUCGGCGUUAAAGAAGAAAACGUUAAGGUGAAGGUAUUGGAUGUUCCAGGAGCCCCUGGACCCAUUGAAGCCAGUGGAGUUUCAUCUGAAAAAGCCACCUUAACUUGGACACCACCAGCAGAAGAAGGUGGAUCUGCAAUUAAAUAUUACACUCUAGAAAAGAGGGAAACAAGCCGCCUUCUCUGGACCAAUCUUGCUGAACAAGUCAUUGACUGCCACUAUGUGGCUGCAAAACUUGUCCAAGGCAAUGAAUACAUCUUCCGUGUCAAAGCUGUAAAUCAUACUGGUGCUGGAGAUCCAUCACAUUCUGAAGCUGUCAAGAUUGUUGAUAGAUUUGGUCCCCCUGGUCCUCCCUUAAAGCCGGAAAUUGAAAAUGUUAAUGGAACCAGUGUAACUAUUACAUGGAAGAGGCCAGCCGAUGAUGGUGGCAGUGACAUAACAGGCUACCUUGUAGAGAAGAAAGAAAAGAAAGGUGUGCGUUGGAUCAGGGCAGCAAAGAAGACUAUAUCUGACCUUCAUUUUGAAAUUCAAGGCCUUGCAGAGGAUGUUGAAUAUGAAUUCCGUGUGACGGCUGAGAAUCAAGCAGGCUUUGGAGAGCCGAGUGAACCAUCUGUACCUGUUAUGACCAAGGGUGUAGCAGAUGUCCCAGGUCCACCUGUUAACCCAAGAGUAACUGACACGACAAAAACCACUGCUGAACUGCACUGGGGUAAACCACAUGAUGAUGGUGGUCGUGACAUAACUGGAUACAUAGUUGACCAUAGAAUGGAGGGACAAGAGGAAUGGGUUAAAGCCACAAAAGACGGUGUGCUGAGGAUUACAGAAUUUGUUGUUGCAAACCUGCAGACUGGAGUGAAAUAUCACUUCAGAGUGAGCGCAGUGAACUGUGUGGGUGUUGGAGAGCCUACACAAAUUGAAGAACUCAUUGAAGUUGUUGAACGGGCGGAGCUUCCAGACCUAGAGCUUGACGCCGAUCUCAGAAGAACACUUGUUGUCAGGGCUGGAGGGUCUAUCCGCAUUUUUGUUCCAAUUAAAGGAAGACCAGCUCCUACAGUUACUUGGACAAAAGAGGAAGCAGAAGUUAAAAACAGAGCCGUCAUUGAUGUCACUGAGUCUUACACUCUCCUGGUUAUCCCUGAGUGCAAUCGACGUGAUGCUGGAAGAUAUGACUUGACCUUGGCAAAUGCAACCGGAGAGAAGACAGCUUAUGUGAAUGUUAGAGUCUUAGACUCACCAGGGCCUCCUAUUAAUUUGAAACCUAUGCUGAAAGGCAUUGACAAGGAGAGCAUUACCCUUCAGUGGGAAAUGCCUCUUAUUGAUGGAGGAUCCAAGAUCACAAAUUAUAUUGUUCAGAAACGAGAGUCUACUCGUAAAGCAUAUACCACUAUUAUCACAAACUGCGAGGAAUGCUUUGUAAAAAUUCCAGAUCUGGCAGAGGGAUCUGAAUAUUACUUUAAAGUUUUGGCUGAAAAUGAAUAUGGCAUUGGUGAAGCUGUUGAGACUAUUGAUCCAAUCAGAGCGUCCGAGGUACCAACUCCUCCUCAAACUGUCACAAUCCCAAAUGUCACCAAGAAUUCUGCGAGUUUGACAUGGACUAAACCAAAGUAUGAUGGCGGUAGCAGGGUUACAGGAUAUGUUAUUGAGGCUCAGAAGAAAGGUGGUGAUCAGUGGUCCCAUGUGACAACAGUGAAGACCUUUGAUUUCACAGUGAAAAAUCUAAAUGAAAAUGAGGAAUAUGUAUUCCGUGUCAUGGCAGCGAAUAAAUCUGGCCGUAGUGCACCACGUCAAAGCAAGCCUGUUGUCAUCAAGGAGCAGACUUCUGAACCAGAGUUUGACCUGCGUGGUAUCUGUCAGAAGUUGGUUAUUGCCAAGGCUGGAACUGACAUAAAGGUUGAGAUACCAAUCUCGGGACGCCCAAAACCUACAGUUUCAUGGCAGAAGGAUAGUCAAGCAUUAAAAAUAACACAAAGAAUAAUUGUUGAAAAUACUGAUGUCUCUACAAUCUUGAGUGUCAAUGAAUGUAUCAGAGGUGACACUGGAUUAUACAACAUUACAGGAAAGAACAUACUUGGCACUGUGACCGAGACCUUUGGAAUCAAGGUACAUGAUGUUCCGGAACCACCAAAAGGACCAAUCAAGUUGGACAAAGUCUCCCUCACCUUUAUUGACUUUUCUUGGGAGACACCUGAAAAUGAUGGCGGAGUACCAAUUAACAAUUAUGUUGUGGAGAUCAGGGAAACAACAAGCCAGACUUGGACAGAAUUGUCCUCACAAAUCAUCAGAACAACAUUCAAAGCUACCCGUUUAAAAACAGGGGUAGAAUACCAGUUCCGUGUCAAAGCUAAAAACAGAUAUGGUGUAGGACCUCCAAUCACAUCAGGAUCAGUGGUUGCAAACUAUACAUUCAAGGCUCCUGGACCACCAGGAACCCCCAAAGUUGUUGCCUUCACCAAAGACACAAUGACAAUCGAAUGGAAUGAGCCUGUCAAUGAUGGAGGAAAUGAAGUGAUUGGAUACCAUGUUGAAAGAAAGGAGAGGAGUAGUAUUGUGUGGCACAAGAUGAGCAAAUCUCUAGUUAAAGGAAACUUGUUUAAAUCAUCUGGACUGGAAGAUGGCAUUGCAUAUGAAUUCCGUGUGUUGGCUGAAAACUUGGCAGGCAUUGGAAAACCAGGCAAGGCCUCAGAAGCCAUGUUGGCUCUUGACCCAGUGGAUCCACCAGGUCAGCCAGUUCCAAUCUAUGUAUCAAAGAAUGUUAUUACAAUUCAGUGGACAAAGCCAGAGUAUGAUGGUGGAUUCAAGAUAACUGGAUACACAGUGGAAAAGAGAGACCUACCAGCUGGGCGCUGGAUGAGGGCUAACUUCACAAAUAUCGUUGAAACAUCCUUCACUGCCAGUGGACUUACUCAGGAUGCCUCUUAUGAAUUCCGUGUAUUUGCAAGAAAUUCAGCUGGUGCUGUCAGUGAACCCUCUGAUCCAACAGAUCCAAUUGUCUGCACAGAUGAUGUUGAGGAACCAAGGAUUAUGGUUGAUGCUAUAUUCAAGGAUGUUGUUCUGGUCAGAGCUGGAGAUAACUUUAAACUAGGGGCUGAUAUUUCAGGUCAGCCAUUACCAGCCAUGACGUGGACUAAAGAUGACAAAGUUCUUGAAAGAACCUCAAAGUUGGACAUUAAAAUGUCUGACCUUGCGACAACACUGAUAAGCAAAGAUUCAAUGAGAAAAGAUGGUGGUGAAUUUGUUUUGACUGCAACCAAUGUUGGUGGUUUUGCCAAGCAUGUUUUCAAAGUUAAAGUUCUGGACAGGCCAGGUCCACCAGGAGGACCCCUUGCUGUUUCAAACAUGACAGCUGAGAAAUGCACAAUAACAUGGACCCCACCAGAAGAUGAUGGAGGCGCUGAUAUUGACCAUUAUGUUGUUGAGAAACGUGAGUCCAGCAGACUUGCCUGGACACAUGCUGCUUCUAACCUCAAGGAAACCCAGCUCCAAGUGACCAAAUUAUUGAAAGGAAAUGAGUACAUUUUCAGGGUCAUGGCAGUCAACAAGUAUGGACUUGGAGAACAUCUUGACUCUGCUCCAGUCAUUGCAGACAACCCAUAUGUUGCACCUGAUGCUCCACAAACUCCCGAGGUAUCAGCCAUUACUAAGGACUCAAUGGUACUUUUCUGGGGUGCUCCGAAUAGUGAUGGUGGAAGUCCAAUAACAAGCUACAGUAUUGAGAGAAAAGACAAAAUUGGUCUGCGCUGGGUUAAAUGCAACAAGAGGCCUGUCACUGAGUUACAGUUCAGGGUUACAGCACUUGUCUCUGGACAUGAAUAUGAGUUCAGAGUUUCUGCUGUGAAUGCAGCUGGCAUUAGCCCACCCAGUUCCUCAAGUCCUUUCUAUAAGGCUACUGACACUCUUUAUGAGCCCGGAGCCCCUGGAAACCCAAGGAUUUUGGACACAACAAAGUCGUCUAUUACUAUUGCUUGGAAUAAACCUGUAUAUGAUGGUGGUUCUGAAGUAACUGGAUAUCUUAUAGAAACAUGUCCUGCUAGUCUAGCAGAAGAAGAAUGGACGAUUGUAUCUCCCCAAGAUGGAUUAAAGGGGACAUUAUUUACAAUAACAAACCUUAAAGAAAAUGAGGAGUAUAAGAUUAACAUUUCUGCAAUGAAUAGUGAAGGAAUUGGAGAAGCUGCAUCUGUCCCUGGCUCCCCUAAAGCAGAGGACAGGUUAUUGCCACCAGAGGUCGAUCUUGAUGCUGAGCUUCGUAAGACUGUCAGUCUUAGAGCCUGCUGCUCACUCAGACUCUUUGUGCCCAUUAAAGGAAGACCAGCACCUCAGGCUACAUGGACAAGAGACAAUGAUGAACCUCUUGACAGAGCCAUUAUUGAAAGUACUUCAUCUUACACCUCUUUAGUGGUUGGAAAUGUCAACCGAUUUGAUAGUGGUAACUACAAUUUGACUGUCGAAAACAGCUCAGGGUCGAAAACAGCCACUGUUAAGGUCAAAGUUCUUGAUACACCAGGAGCUCCACAAAAUCUCAAAAUUGUCAAAGUUACCAAGGAAUCAGUGACAGUUGAAUGGGAACCUCCAUUGAAUGAUGGUGGCACUAAGAUCAAGAAUUAUGUAGUAGAAAAGCGUGAAUCAACAAGGAAAGCAUAUGCCACUGUCAAUGCUAACUGCCACAAGACAACAUGGACACUAGAUCAAUUACAAGAGGGAUGUAACUACUACUUCAGAGUCUUGGCUGAAAACGAGUAUGGAAUUGGUCUGCCAAUUGAGACUACUGAAUCAGUUAAAGUGUCUGAAAAGCCACUCCCACCUGGAAAGAUCACACUUGUGGAUGUAACAAAGAACAGUGUUACUCUGUCAUGGGACAAACCUGAGCAUGAUGGAGGAAGCAGAGUGGGUGCUUACGUUGUUGAAGGGAUGAGCAAAGGCAGUGAGAAAUGGGCCCCAGCCGCAAUUGUUCAAGUGACUGAGGCAGUAAUUGCUGGGCUUACAGCAGGUGAAGAAUAUAUGUUCCGUGUGUCAGCAAAGAACGAGAAGGGAUCAAGUGAUCCUCGUGUUAUUGGUGUACCAGUUAUUACUAAGGACCUUGUUAUUGCUCCCUCACCAAAAUUGCAGUUCACUACAUUCACUGUUCUUGCUGAAAAAGACUUGACUAUUGAUGUGCCAUAUAUUGCUCGUCCAAAGGCAGCAAUUUCAUGGAUUAAGGAUGGACUCCCCAUGAGACGAACCACCAGAGUAAACUUUUGCUCUACUGAGACUAUGUUGAACCUAUCAAUUACUGAAGCCUGCCGUGAUGAUGUUGGCCGUUACAGUAUCAAACUGACAAACACUGCUGGUGAGACCACAUUAGAUAUUGGAGUCGUUGUUCUUGACAAACCUGGCCACCCAUCUGGUCCAGUGAAAAUAGAGGAUGUAACUUCCGAUAGUGUGACUAUGUCCUGGAAUCCACCAGAAUAUGAUGGUGGUUGCACUAUCAACAACUAUAUGGUUGAGAAGAGAGAAACAGGCUCAAGUAAUUGGCAAGUUGUAUCAGCAAACCUCGCAAGGACAAAGACCAAAGCUUUAAGGUUGAAGACAGGAACAGAAUACCAGUUCAGAAUAACUGCUGAAAACAGAUAUGGAAAGAGCCUUGCACUUCUCUCAGAAUGUGUUGUUGCUCAGUAUCCAUUUAAACUUCCAGGACCUCCUGGUACACCAUCUGUUCAGGAAGCAUCCAGAGAUGGCAUGGUUGUUGUUUGGAAUGAGCCUGUCAAUGAUGGAGGUAGUACUGUUUUAGGAUAUCACCUUGAAAGAAAGGACAGAAAUAGUAUCCUUUGGAUGAAGCUCAACAAGUCUAUUAUCAAAGACACACUAUUCAAGACAAUUGGCCUUGAGGAGGGUCAAGAGUAUGAGUUUAGAGUGUAUGCAGAGAACAUUGUUGGCAUUGGAAAGGUUAGCAAGCUAUCAGAGGGGAAUAUCGCCAGAGACCCAUGCGAUCCUCCUGGUGAUCCUGAGGCAGUUAAAAUCACAAAGGACUCUGUAAAAAUAGCUUGGACUAAACCAGAAUAUGAUGGUGGCAGCAAAGUCACUGGCUACAUUGUUGAGAAGAAGGAGUUGCCAGAAGGCCGCUGGCAGAAAUCUAACUUUACCAAUGUCAUUGAAACUGAAUAUGUUGCCACUGGGCUAGUGGAGGACCAGCAAUAUGAGUUCCGUGUUAUUGCAAGAAAUGCUGCUGGAGUUUUCAGUCCUCCUUCAUAUAGCACUGGACCCAUCACAGCCAAGGAUGAAAUUGAGCCCCCACGUAUGAGCAUAGACCCAGAGUACACCCAGCCACUUGUUAUAAAUGCAGGCGAUUCCUUCAAGAUUGACGCAGAUGUCCACGGUAAACCAUCACCUUCAAUUCACUGGAUGAAGGGAGAAGUUGAACUUCUAGGAAAUACCCUACAUCGGGAAAUCAAAAACACAGAAACUAAAGCAUGUAUUAUUGUAAAAGAAGCUAAGCUUGCUGAUGGAGGCCAGUAUACUCUCUUAAUAAGAAAUCCUGGUGGUGAAAAAUCAGUUCAUGUGAUUGUGUCUGUGCUGGACAAACCUGGUCCACCUGAAGGUCCCAUUUCUGUCACUGGUAUCACAUGUGAGCAGUGCUGCCUCUCUUGGAAAGCACCACUACAGGAUGGUGGCAGUGAAAUCUGUCAUUACAUUGUUGAGAGAAGAGAGACAAGCAGACUUAUCUGGACCGUUGUUGAGCCUAAGGCACAAAGCACUUACCUGAAAAUUCCAAAACUACUAGAAGGAAAUGAGUACAUCUUCAGAGUGAUGUCAGUUAACAAAUUUGGUGUUAGCGGACCUCUUCAUUCAGAUGCUGUAAUAAUCAAAGAUCCAUAUUUGACACCUGAUGCACCAAAGGGAGUUGAAAUUUCUAAUGUCAAGAAAUCUUCUAUGGUGGUAACCUGGGAAGCAUCAGCAAAUGAUGGUGGCAGUCCUCUCACAGGAUAUGUAAUUGAGAAACAUGACAAGGAAGGAGUUAGAUGGACUAGAUGCAACCGGACAACUGUCACAGACUUAACCUUCAGAGUCAAAGGACUUCUUGAAAGUCACAGCUAUGAAUUUAGAGUUGCUGCUGAAAAUGCUGUUGGUGUUGGUGAGCCAAGCUCUCCUUCUGUGUUUUACAAGGCUUUGGACCCCAUUUUCAAACCUGGUCCUCCAAGUAAUCCUAAAGUUACUGAUAUGACCAAAACCUCUGUCAAUCUUGCAUGGGGCAAACCUAUCUAUGAUGGUGGUUGUGAAAUUCAAAGUUACAUUGUUGAAUCCUGUGAAGCCACAGAAGAACCUGAAGAAUCUGAAGAAGAGGCUGAAGAGAAACCAGAGGAGAAACCAGAGGAGAAACCAGUAGAGUGGACUAUGUGCACUCCACCAAUUGGUGUAAAGCCCACCCGAUUUACUGUGGAAAAUCUAAAAGAAAAUCAAGCAUACAAAUUUAGAGUUUGUGCAAUUAAUAAGGUAGGCGUUGGUGAACAUGCAGAUAUAGCUGGACCAAUAGUACCAGAAGACAAGACAGAAGAACCAGAUCUUGACAUCGAUUCAGAGUACCGAAAGAUCAUGAGUAUCAAAGCUGGUACAUCUCUCAGAUUGUUCAUUCCGAUCAAAGGACGGCCUUCGCCCACUGUUACAUGGGAGAAAGAUGAAGGCCCACUGAAAGAAACAGCUCAGGUGGAGGUUACAAGCACUUACACUUCUCUUGUAAUUGACAAAGUCAACAGAUCUGAUACUGGAAAAUACAGUGUUACAGCUGAAAAUUCCUCUGGCACAAACUCUGCCAUUAUUAUUGUAAGAGUACUGGAUACACCCAGUGCACCAGUCAAUUUGAAGGUCAAGGAAAUCACAAAAGAAUCUAUAACUCUCUCAUGGGAGCCCCCACUUUUGGAUGGUGGAGCGAAAAUUAAGAACUACAUCAUUGAGAAGCGUGAAAGCACACGAAAAACAUACUCGGCUGUUACAACAAACUGCCACAAGGUGGUAUUGAAAAUUGAACCUCUCCAAGAAGGAUGCUGUUACUACUUCAGAGUUCUUGCUGAAAAUGACCAUGGCAUUGGUUUACCUGUAGAAACUCGCGAUCCACUGAAGGUUUCAGAAGUUCCUCAAACUCCUGGUAAACUGAACGUUGUUGAUGUGACAAAGACAUCUGUCUCUCUUGCAUGGGAGAGACCAGUGCAUGAUGGUGGCAGCAGAAUCAGUCAGUACCUAGUUGAAAUGAAUGUUAAAGGCAAUGACAAGUGGUCUAACUGUGCAAAUGUCAAGAUCUUGGAGGCUACUAUCAAAAAUCUCAACCCAGGAGAGGAAUACCUCUUUAGAGUUUUGGCCGUUAAUGAAAAGGGAAAGAGUGACCCAAGAACCCUUGCUGUUCCUGUUCAAGCAAAGGACCUUGUUUUUGAACCAGAUGUUAAACCUGCAUUUAACAGCUACAGCGUUCUGGUUGGCAAAGACUUCUCUGUUGAUAUUCCCAUUUAUGGGCGUCCUAAACCAAGAGUCGCUUGGAAAAAAGAUGGAGAGGCUUUGAAAGUAACUUCAAGAGUGAACAUUGUCAACACAGUGAACUGCACAACACUUAGCAUCACAGAGGCAGCAAGAGACGACGGUGGCAUGUACAGCAUUAAUGUCUCUAACUCUGAAGGCCAAAAAGACACAGCUAUUGAAAUCAUCGCUUUGGAUAAACCUGGUCCACCAUCAGGACCUGUUAGGUUUGAUGAAGUAACAACACAAAGUAUCACAAUUUCUUGGGAUCCACCAAAGUUCACAGGAGGCUGCUGUGUUUCAAACUACAUUGUGCAAAAGAGAGAGACAACCUCCACCUCAUAUGAAAAUGUUGCAGCAUCAGUGGCAAGAACAUCCCUUAAAGUACCAAGACUGAAAACUGGAGCCGAGUAUCAGUUUAGAAUUAUUGCUCAGAAUCGCUAUGGUAAGAGCUAUGCAUUAGAAUCAAAAGCAGUGGUAGCUCAGUAUCCUUACAGAGAACCAGGUCCCCCAGGUACUCCAUUUGUUUCCAAUCUAUCAAAGGAACAUAUGGUCGUAGAAUGGAAUAUACCUGUUGCAGAUGGAGGCAGCAAUGUUAUUGGUUAUCAUCUUGAACGUAAAGAGAGAAACAGUAUUCUCUGGACCAAAGUCAACAAGACACUCAUUCAAGACACUAAGUUUAAAACUGGUCCACUGGAGGAAGCCGUUGAAUAUGAGUUCAGAGUAUGUGCUGAAAACAUUGUUGGCAUUGGAAGAUGCAGCAAACUCUCUGAAGGAUAUGUGGCACGCGAUCAGUGUGAUCCACCUGGCAUCCCAGAGCCAGUCCACAUUUCCAAGAAUUCCAUAACAAUCGAAUGGACAAAGCCUGAGUAUGAUGGAGGAAGUGUGAUAAAUGGUUACAUUGUUGAGAAGCGUGACCUUCCAGAGGGACGCUGGAUGAAAGUUAAUUUCACAAAUGUCAUUGAAACCAACUUUGUUAUCACCGGUCUAACUGAGGGUGAAAAAUAUGACUUCAGAGUGAUAGCAAAGAAUGCAGUUGGUACAUUCAGCAAGCCAUCCUACAACAGUGGACCUAUCACUGCCCUGGAUGAGGUUGAACCACCCAAAUUCUCAAUUGACCCACAGUUUACUAAAGCUAUUGUGGUUGAUGCUGGAGAAACAUUUAAGCUUGAUGCUGAUGUGUAUGGAAAGCCACCACCUACAAUUCAGUGGAUCAGGGGAGAGAAACAAAUGGAAAACACCAUAAGAUGUGAUAUUAAGAACACUGAAACUACCGCAGUCCUUACUGUGAAAGAUUCUGUCAAACAGGAUGGUGGAGAGUACAUUCUCCAGCUGACAAAUGUGGCUGGCUCUCAGACUAUUCCAUUCCUGGUGAGGGUACUGGACAAACCAGGUCCUUGUGAAGGACCUCUUCAUACCGCUGGUGUUGCAUCUGAUAGAUGCACUCUAUCAUGGAAGGCACCAAUUCAUGAUGGUGGGAACCCAAUAACUCAUUACGUAAUUGAGAGACGAGAAACCAGCCGCCUUGCUUGGACAAUUGUUUCAAGUGAUUGUAACACAACUGUAUACAAAGUAACCAAGCUUCUUGAGGGCAACGAGUACACCUUCCGUGUCAUCGCAGUCAACAGUUAUGGUGCUGGUGAGCCACUUGAUUCAGCACCUGUGAUCAUGAAAGAUCCAUUUUUACUCCCUGGUGCACCUCACAUUGUUGAUGUAACCAACAUUGCAAGGGAUUCCAUGACUAUUUGCUGGACUGCUCCAGAUAGCGAUGGUGGAAGUGAAAUUACCAGCUACGUCAUUGAGAAGAAAGACCGGAUAGGAAUCAAAUGGACAAAGUGUAACAGACAAAAGGUAACCGACUUGUGCUUCCGUAUUACAGGACUCACAGAGGACCAUGAGUAUGAAUUUAGAUUGUCCGCAGAAAAUGCAGCUGGAGUUGGGGAGUCAAGUUUGCCAACCUCAUACUACAAGGCUUCUGAUCCAAAGUAUAAACCUGGCCCACCAACACAUGCACAUGUUAUUGACACAACAAGCAGCUCUGUUACUGUUGCAUGGGGAAAGCCUCUCACUGAUGGUGGAGCUGCAAUUCAGGGCUUUAUUGUUGAGAUGUGUAAAGCUGAGGAAGAGGAAUGGACAAUGUGCACACCAGCAACUGGAUUAAGAGUCAACAAGUUUGAAAUCACCAAGCUUGCUGACCAACAAGAAUAUAAGGUCAGAGUAUGUGCAAUCAACAAACUGGGUGUUGGUGAACCAGCUGAAGUUCCUGGAACUGUCAAACCUGAAGAAAAACUUGAAGCUCCUGAAAUUCUGCUUGAUUCUGAACUGAGGAAAGGAGUUAUUGUCCGUGCUGGUGGCUCUGUGAGAAUCAAUGUGCCAUUCAAGGGAAGGCCUGCUCCAGAGAUUCAGUGGACUAAAGAUGAAGCAGAGCUGACUGAGCGGGCAGUGAUAGAGAAAGGUCGGCACCACGCCCAACUUUCAAUUGAUUCCUGCGACAGAAGAGACUCUGGGAAAUACACUCUAACACUUGAAAGUAAGAGUGGCACUGUAUCUGAAUUUGUGACAGUAAAGGUUUUGGACACACCAAGUGCUCCUCAGACCCUUAAAGUCACAGAAAUUAAGAAAGACUCUGUGGUACUGGUGUGGGAGCCUCCACUUGUUGAUGGUGGUGCAAGGGUCAAGCACUAUGUCAUUGAAAAGCGUGAAUCUACCCGCAAAGCUUAUGCAGGUGUCACAGCGAAAUGCACCAAAACAUCCUUCAAAGUUGAAAAUCUUGCAGAGGGUGCCAUGUAUUACUUCAGAGUUAUGGCUGAGAAUGAAUAUGGUAUUGGUUUACCUGUUGAGACAAAGAAUGCUUCAAAGGCCUCUGAAGUUCCACUGCCAGUUGGGAAGGUCCUCCUGACUGAUGUUACAAAAGCUAGUGCCUCUCUGGCAUGGGACAAACCAGAGCAUGAUGGUGGUAGCAGAAUUGUUGGAUACAUCAUUGAAAUGCAACAAAAAGGAACAGAUAAGUGGGGUGUUGCAACAUCUGUUAAGACUUGUGAAGCAACUGCCACAGGGCUAACAUCAGGUCAAGAGUAUCUGUUCAGAGUUUUGGCAUACAAUGAAAAGGGAAAGGGUGAACCAACACCUCUGGCUGCGCCAGUGAUUGCCAGUGACAUGACUAUUGAGCCGAGCCUGAAGGUCCAGUUCAGCACAUACAGUGUGAAAUCUGGUAAAGACUUCAAACUGGAGAUCCCAGUAUUUGGACGCCCUAAACCGCUAGUUAGCUGGAAAAAGGAUGGACAAGGUGUCAAAAUAUCUAGCAAAAUACGUAUUACCAAUACACAAACAUCAACUACCCUCCAUAUUACUGAGGCUGGUAAAGAUGAUUUAGGAAAGUAUGCAGUCACAGCCACUAAUACAGCUGGCAAAGCAACUGAGGAAAUUGGACUCAUAAUUCUCGAUAAGCCUGGAUCUCCAACCGGACCACUUAAAGUAUCUGAUGUGACUAAUAGCUCUAUCACUAUCUCAUGGGAGCCCCCUGAGUAUACAGGCGGCUGUCAGAUCAAGCAUUACAUUAUUGAGAAGCGAGACACAACUACAACUUCUUGGCAAGCUGUUUCAAGCAAUAUGGCAAGAACCACCAUGAAAGUAACCAAGCUGAAGAAGGGUGCUGAGUAUCAGUUCAGGAUUAUUGCUGAAAACAGAUAUGGAAAAGGAGCUCCUUUAGACUCUAAAGCAAUUGUGAUACAAUAUCCUUACAAAGUCCCUGGACCACCUGGUACUCCCUCUAUCAAAGCUGCCACGAAAGAUCAAAUGAUCAUUGAAUGGAAUGAGCCAGUCAAUGAUGGUGGAAGUCAAGUCAUUGGUUACCAUCUUGAGAACAAAGAAAGAAGCAGCAUCAUGUGGAAUAAACUAAACAAGAUACUCAUUAAAGAUACUCUGUUCAAGAUUUCAAAUCUAGAGGAGGGUGCUGGUUAUGAAUAUAGAGUGUUUGCAGAAAAUAUUAUUGGUAUCGGUAGAUCAAGCAAAGUGUCAGAGAGCUUUGUUGCUCUUGACCCCUGUGAUCCACCAGGUACCCCUGAAGCCAGUGCUAUUUCAAAGAACCAAAUAACCAUUCAAUGGACAAAGCCACAGUAUGAUGGUGGCAGCAAAGUUACUGGAUAUAUUGUGGAAAAGAGAGAUUUGCCAGAAGGUCACUGGAUGAGAGUUAACUUCACCAAUAUCAUUGAGACUGAAUUUGCACUCACAGGGUUAACUGAGGACCAACAGUAUGAAUUCAGAGUAAUUGCAAGGAAUGCAGCUGGUAUUUUCAGUGGGCCAUCUGACAGCACUGGUUCAAUCACAGCUACAGAUGAAAUUGAGCCUCCAAGUGUCUCAAUGGAUCCAAAAUACAAGGAUGUCAUUGUCGUCAAUGCUGGAGAAAAUUUGGUCCUUGAUGCAGAUAUCCAUGGCAAACCACUACCUACUGUUGCAUGGCUGAGGGAAGGGAAGGAAAUCGAAAGGGCACUCAGAAUUGAAAGGAAAACUACACAGAAAUCAUCAUCCAUAACAAUCAAGGACUGCACCAAAUUAGAUGGUGGGCACUAUGACCUCAGUCUUACCAACAGUGGUGGAACAAAAGUAAUACCAAUUGAUGUGAAGAUUCUCGAUAAACCAGGUCCACCUACUGGGCCAUUGCGUGUUACUGGAGUAAUGUCUGACUCAUGCAAACUUUUCUGGGCAGAGCCUACUCUCGAUGGUGGAGCAAAGAUUUCUCAUUAUAUUCUUGAAAAGAGAGAAACCAGCAAACUGUCUUGGAGCAUGGUUGAAACAAAGGUUGAAGGUACCAGCUACGCAGUGACCAAACUUCUGCCAGAUGAUGAAUAUAUCUUUAGAGUUAGGGGUGUCAACAGAUAUGGCGUUGGUGAGCCUCUUGUGUCUGAUCCAAUUGUUGCACGUAAUCCUUAUAAGCCGCCCAGUGCACCCUCUGCGCCCGAGGCAAGUGAAAUUACAAAGGACUCUUUGCUGCUUAUGUGGACUGCGCCAGAGUCAGAUGGGGGAGCAGAAAUUAGCUGUUAUCAUGUUGAGAAACGUGACAAAGAUGGAGUGAGAUGGACUAAAUGCAACCGAAAGAAGUUCACAGAUGUUUUCUUCAGAGUGACAGGCCUUCAAGAAGGUCACUUCUAUGAGUUCCGUGUUGCUGCUGAAAAUGAAGCUGGUGUGGGAGAAGUUAGUGAUCUGUCACACUUCUACAGAGCCAUUAAUGACACUACACCACCCAGUCCACCACAGCAUCCCAGAGUCCUAGAUCACACAAAAUCAACGGUGUCCCUCUCCUGGGCUAAGCCUGCCACUGAUGGUGGUGCCUACAUCAAAGGCUACAUGGUUGAGAUGCAAGAAGUUGAUGCUGAAGAAUGGACCACAUGCACACCUCCAGCUGGUAUUCAAACAACACACUUCAUGGUGGAAAAUCUGAAGGAAAAUGGGGAAUAUGACUUCUGUGUUAGUGCCUUUAAUUCUGAGGGAGUUGGAGAGCCUGCUGAGUUCCAUGGCCCGGUCAUUGCUGCGGAAAGAGUUGAGGCACCAGAGAUUGAAUUAGAUGCUGACCUCAGAAAGGUUGUCUCUGUCCGUGCUGGUGGAUCGCUGCGCUUAUUUGUAGCUAUAAGAGGUAGACCCGAGCCUUCUGUUCAAUGGGAAAAGGCAGAGGCAACCUUAACCGAGCGUGCACAGAUUGAAACCACAAGUUCAUACACAAUGCUUGUUAUUGACAAUGUCAACAGAUUUGACAGUGGAAAAUAUGUUCUGAACCUUGAGAAUGACAGUGGCACUAAAUCCGCCUUCGUUAAUGUGAGGGUGUUGGACACACCAAGUGCUCCUCAGAAGUUUGAAGUGAAGGAUGUCAAGAAAGACUCUGUCACUCUUUACUGGGAGCCUCCUCUGACAGAUGGUGGCGCCAAAAUAACUACCUACAUUGUAGAGAAGCGAGAAUCCACAAGGAAAGCCUACACAGCCGUCACAAACAACUGUACCCAAACUUCAUUCAAGAUUGAUGAACUCCAAGAGGGUGGUAUUUUCUACUUCAGGGUUUGUGCUCUGAAUGAGUAUGGUAUGGGUGUGAUGGCAGCAACUAAAAAUCCAGUGAAGGUUGCCCAAGUGCCCAUGCCUCCAGGAAAAGUCAACCUUGUUGAUGUCACCAAAACCAGUGCAACUCUCACAUGGAGCAAGCCUGCACAUGAUGGAGGUAGCAAGAUCAUGUUCUACAAUAUAGAGAUGUUGCCCAAGGGCACUGAUAAAUGGGGAGCGGUCAGUACAGUCAAAGUCUUGGAAGGAACUGUAGCAAACCUGUCACCAAAUGAAACAUAUUCAUUUAGAGUUAUUGCUAUGAACGAAAAGGGCAAGAGUGAGCCGAAAGAGCUUGGUGUUCCAGUUGUUGCAAAAGACAUUGAGAUUGAACCCUCUGUCAGCAUGCUCUUCAACACUCACAGUGUAAGGGCUGGAAAAGAUCUCACAGUUGAAAUUCCAAUCAGAGGCAGACCUAAACCUGUUGUGUCAUGGAAGAAAGACAAACUUCCUCUCAAACAAACAAACUCCACCACAAUUCUGAACACAAAGACAUCAACUAAGAUUGUCAUCAAAGAAGCUACCAUUGAGCAUGUAGGAAACUAUGAAGUCACUAUUGCAAAUACAGCGGCCACUAAAACGUUUGGCAUUAACAUUGUUGUUCUGGAUAAACCAGGGGCACCUACUUCUGUGAAAUGUGAUGCUGUCACUUCUGAUAGCAUUACUCUGUCAUGGAGCCCACCAGAAUAUGAUGGUGGAUGUUCUAUCAGUAACUAUAUCGUUGAGAAGAGAGACACCAACACACAAGUAUGGCAGAUAGUUUCCACUAAUGUGGCUCGACAGUCUAUUAAAGCCAGUCGCUUAACUCAUGGUGCUGAGUACCAGUUUAGGAUCUAUGCUGUCAAUCGUUAUGGAAAGAGUCCCGGCAAAGAUUCUCCAGCAAUCAUUGCACAAUACAUGUGCAAGCAACCUGGACCUCCCUCUACACCUCAGGUCUCAUUUGCAACCAAGGCUUACAUGAUUGUCAUCUGGAAUGAGCCAGUCAAUGAUGGUGGCAGCACUGUACUUGGAUAUCAUCUGGAGCGUAAGGAACGCACCAGCAUUAUGUGGACAAAAAUGAACAGAAGCCUUAUCAAAGAUACAGAAUUCAAAGUCGCUGGAAUUGAGGAGGGCAUGCUCUAUGAGUACCGUGUCUAUGCUGAAAAUAUUGCUGGAAUCGGAAAGGUGAGCAAAGUCUGUGAGCCUGUAGCUGCAAGAGAUCCAUGUGAUCCUCCUAGUCAGCCCACAGUUACGUGCAUCACAAGAACAUCUGUCUCCCUCUCCUGGACCAAGCCUGAGUAUGAUGGUGGAGCCAAGGUUCUUGGGUACACCAUUGAACGUAAGGAUCUUCCUGAUGGCCGCUGGAUGCGAUGCAAUUUCACCAAUGUGCCAGAAACAUACUUUGAUGUUACCGGGCUCACAACAGAUCAACAAUAUGACUUCCGCGUUAUUGCAAAGAAUGCAGCUGGCUCCUUCAGUGAGCCAUCUUAUAAUACAGGCCCCAUCACAGUAAAGGAUGAUGUGGAACCACCACGCAUAAUGAUGGAUGUGAAGUUCAGGGAUCUCGUGGCUGUAAAGGCAGGUGAGACUCUGAAAAUCAAUGCUGAUAUUGCUGGCCGACCUCUUCCCGUGGCAUCAUGGACAAAAGAUGGUCAAAAUAUUGAGCCCAGGGCCAGAAUUCAAAUUCUUUCUACAGACACCACCACAUCCAUAAUAGUGAAGGACGGUGUAAGAACUGAUUCUGGUCAGUAUGUCCUCACACUGCAAAAUAUUGGUGGAACAGUAACCAUGCCUGUGAACUGCUCAAUCCUUGACAAACCAGGCCCAUCAGCUGGGCCACUUGAAAUCUCUGGCAUCACUGCAGAAGAAUGCACAUUGGCAUGGGGACCUCCUCAAGAAAAGGGUGGAGCAGAUAUCACACACUAUGUAGUGGAGAGACGAGAAACAAGCCGACUUGCAUGGACUCAGGUGGAUGGAGAGGUUAACAAGACUUAUUACAAGGUCACAAACCUUCUUGAGGGCAAUGAGUACAUCUUUAGAGUUAUUGCUAUAAACAAAUAUGGACGUGGUGAAACACUUCAGUCUGAGGCCAUCAAAGUCUGUGAUCCAUUCACAAUUCCAAGUGCACCAUCAAGUGUUGAAAUUACAGAAAUAUCAAGUGAAGAGAUGACACUCACCUGGGAAAAACCUGCAAGUGAUGGAGGCAGAGAAAUAGCUGGAUAUGUAAUUGAAAGGCAUGAGAAAUCAGGCGGGCGUUGGGUCCGUGUUAACAGAGAACUUAUCCAGGAUCUGACAGCAGUUGUGUCAAAACUUCGUAAAGGUGGUGAAUAUGAAUUCCGUGUUUAUGCUGAAAAUGCAGUUGGUGCUGGUCCUCCUAGUGACCAGUCUGCACCAGCUAUAGCAGAAGAUGAAUCAGACAUACCAGAAGCACCAACCAAACCAAAGAUUGUCGAUUCAACCAAGAGCUCUGUCUCAAUUGCAUGGCACAAGCCACUGGAUGAUGGUGGAGCCCCAGUCCUUGGAUAUAGUGUUGAAUACAAGAAGACAGAGGAUGAAGAAUGGACAGUGGCUAUUCCAUUGACAAAGAAUACUGAGUUUACCAUCUCAGGUCUUACAACUGAUGUAGAAUAUGAGUUUGCUGUCAAAGCAAUAAACAAAGUUGGUGAAAGUGACCCCUCUCCAGCCUCUGAGCCUCAAGCAGCCAAAGACAGAGAGGACGAGCCUGUAUUUGAUGUUGACAUAGAGAUGCGCAAGACAUUAAUUGUCACACAUGGCCAUUCAUUCACUCUGACUGCACCAUUUAAGGGAAGACCUACACCAUCAGCCACUUGGGCCAAGGAGGAAGUAGACCUCAAGGUCAGAGCUACUGCGGACAGCACUGCCACUAAUAGCUCCCUCACUGUUGAGAGUGCAACAAGAAAUGACUCUGGACAGUACGUUGUUACAAUAGAUAAUGGAAUUGGAACUGCUUCAUUGCCUAUGGUUGUCAAAGUCCUUGAUUCUCCUGGACCACCAAUGAACGUCAAGGCAAAGGAUGUAACAAAGGAAUCUGCUACAAUUACAUGGGAAGCACCAGAAAAUGAUGGCGGUGACCCUGUGAAGGCAUACCAUGUUGAAAAACGUGAAGCAAGCAAAAAGGCAUGGGUCGGCGUAACUAGCAGUUGCCAUGAGAUGUCCUACAAAGUUGAUAACUUGCAAGAGGGUGCCUUUUAUUACUUCAGAGUCAUCGGAGAGAAUGAAUAUGGCUUGGGUGUUCCUGGAGAAAAGAAAGAUGCAACUAAGAUCACUGAAAAACCAAGUGCACCAGCGAGGUUGGGUGUGACAAGUGUGACAAAGGACAGCAUCUCCCUGGUCUGGUCAAGACCACAAUAUGAUGGCGGCAGCAGGGUGACAAGCUACUUUAUUGAAGCAGUUGAAAAGGGACAAACUAAAUGGGUGAAGUGUGCAACAGUGAAGACAAACACACACAUUGUUAAAGGCUUGAGAGAAAAUGCUGAAUACCUCUUCAGAGUUAUGGCAGAAAAUCAUGCUGGACUUAGUGAACCUAAGGAAAUGAUCAUUCCUGUUAUUGUGAAAGAACAGCUUGAGCCACCAGAGUUUGACAUGAAGAACUACCCGAAAAACACUGUAUAUGUACGGGCAGGAUCAAAUUUGAAGUUUGAGCUGCCACUGACAGGAAAACCAAUGCCAAAGGUUACAAUGGCUAGAAACAAAAUUGCUGCAAAAACAGGAAAGAGGUUCAGCUAUGAGGUGACACCUGAAAGCCUCCUCAUCAACCUGAAGGAAAGCAUUGCAAAUGAUGCUGGCAGAUAUGACAUCACAGCUUCCAAUUCCAGUGGAACAACUAAGAUGUUUGUGAACAUUCUGGUUCUGGAUAGACCCAGUCAACCUGUCGGCCCAGUUGAGGUUGGGGAAGUAACCGAAACAACUGUGUGCCUGAAAUGGCUUCCACCUGUGUAUGAGGGUAGCAGCCCAGUUACAAACUAUGUUGUGCUGAGGAGAGAAACCAGCACAUCUGCUUGGACAGAAGUGUCCUCUCAGGUCGCUCGAAGCGCAGUCAAAGUUACCAAGCUGACAAAGGGAGAGGAAUACCAGUUCAGAAUCAAAGCAGAAAAUCGCUUUGGAAUCAGUGAUCACAUUGACUCACGUCCAGUGAUGGUGAAACUUCCAUACACUAUCCCUGGUCCACCAUCAACACCAUGGGCCAGCUAUGUCUCAAGAGAGACCAUCACUAUGUGCUGGCAUGAGCCAGUUGCAGAUGGUGGAAACGCUGUCUUUGGAUACCAUGUCCAAAUGAAAGACAGAAGCAGCAUUCUGUGGCAGAAGGUCAACAAAACAGCUAUACCUGCAACUCAAAUACGUAUUGCAAAUAUAUGCCCUGGCAGUAUCUAUGAAUUCAAGGUUUCAGCAGAAAACGCAGCUGGCAUUGGAAAAAUGAGCAAAACAUCUGAGGAAAUACUUGCAAUUGAUGCUUGCGAACCUCCUGCGAAUGUUAAAGUCACUGAGGUCACAAGGAACUCUGUCAGCCUAGCCUGGCAAAAACCUCCCUAUGAUGGUGGUAGCAAGGUCACUGGCUAUAUGGUUGAGAGAAGAGACGCUCCAAAUGGCAGAUGGACAAAGGCUAACUUCAUCAACAUAAUUGAGAGAAAGUUCACUGUGUCAGGCCUAUCAAUGGAUCAAUCUUAUGAAUUCAGAGUCAUUGCUAGGAAUGCAAUUGGCUCUGUCAGUAAUCCAUCACUUAUUGCUGGACCAGCAACUUGCCAUGACAUAAAUGGUGCACCAGUCAUUGACCUCCCACCAGAGUACUUAGAUGUUGUACAAUACAAAGCCGGUGUCUCUGUCAAGAUCAGAGUUGGAAUCAUUGCUAAGCCUUUGCCAAUGGUUGAAUGGCUCAAGGAUGGCAAGGAGUUGGCACAAAGUUCUCAGCUUUCAAUUGAGAACCUUACUGAUUCCUCUGCAGUUCUUAUCAAGGAUGCAACCCGUCUUAACACAGGAACAUAUGAAAUUAAAAUUAAGAAUUUGCUGGGCACAGCAACUGCUCAAAUUAGAAUUCAGAUCCUAGAUAAACCUGGACCUCCUGCUGGAAACAUUGAAUUCAAAUCUGUCACAGCUGAUAAGAUCUGGAUUGAAUGGGAACCAGUCACUGAUCAUGGUGGUUCUGAUGUCACCCAUUAUAUUGCUGAGAUACGAGAGACAAGCCGCCUGGUUUGGUCGACCAUUUCAGAAGAACUGAGUGACUGCACCGUCUCAGUACAGAAACUGAUCAGAGGCGCUGAGUAUGUCUUCCGUGUACGUGGUGUCAAUAAGUUCGGCCUUGGUGAUACUCUGGAAUCUGAGCCUGUUAUUGCCAAGAAUUCCUUUGUUUCCCCUGGACAACCUACUACGCCAGAGGUUACAGAAACCACCAAGACAUCCAUGGAAGUUGUAUGGAACAAACCAGGCAUUGAUGGUGGCAGUGUUGUAACCGGCUACUUCAUUGAGAAAAGAAACAAAAAGAGCCUUCGUUGGAAGAGGAUCUUCAAAACCCCAAUUAGUGAAACUUCACUCAGGGUUCAGCAUCUCACAGAAGGACAUGAAUAUCAAUACCGUGUUUGUGCUGUUAACAAAGCUGGUGAAGGUCCAUUCUCUGAAGUGUCUGACAACUAUAAAGCAGCUGAUCCAGUUGAAACACCAUUUGAACCAUCCAAACUUAGAGUUGUUGACUCUACCAAAACGUCAAUUACUCUUGGAUGGUCUAAACCCGAGUUUGAUGGAGGAAGUGAAAUCACCAGCUAUGUUGUUGAGAUGAGGGUGGGAAAAGAAAAAGAAGAAAAAGAAGAAGAAGAAGAAGAAGAAGAAGAAGAAGAAGAAGAAUGGACUGUAAUUAGCCAUAAGGGUGAAGUGAGAACAACAGAGUACGUGGCAUCAGGCCUAAAACCAGACACUGAUUACUACUUCCGUGUGUCUGGUCUGAACUGUGCUGGACGUGGAGAUCCAAUUGAAAUGGAGGACCCAGUUCAAGCCAAGGAUAUUCUUGAGGAAGCCAUGGUUGAUCCAGAUGUAGCUAUGAGAACUCACUACAUUGUAAAGGCCGGAAAGGAUGUGGAAAUUGUCGUACCCCUCAAGGGCAGACCUGCUCCAAGUGCCUCAUGGAAGAAAGAGGAUGUAAACAUUGACAAAGAUCCAAGCUAUGAAAUUCACAGCACAGAUACAGUGUCAGCUUUAAAGAUCCGGGAAGUUACAAGGAAAGACACUGGCAAGUACACAAUUGAGAUUCAGAAUGGUGUAGGAGAACCAAAACAUCUCACUCUGUCUGUUAAAGUACAAGACACGCCAGCAGCCUGCAGGGAUUUGACAAUCAAGGAAGUCACUCGUGGCAAAGUUACUAUUUGCUGGGAACCACCUCUUCUAGAUGGUGGUGCUGAAAUCACCAACUACAUUGUGGAAAAGAGAGAUUCCUCCAAACGUGCAUACUCUAGCAUAACAAACAAAUGCACAGAGUUAACUUAUGUAAUUGAUGAGCUCUCUGAGAAGACAUCCUUCUUCUUCCGUGUCUUAGCUGAGAAUGAAAAUGGCAUAGGCGAUCCCUGCGAGACUUCAGAACCAGUGAAAGCUACUGAGACCCCUGGUCCAGUCAAAGAGCUUUGUAUGAAAGACUCCUCCAAGACCUCUGUAACACUACAAUGGAAUAAACCAGAUUAUGAUGGUGGUAGCAUUAUAACUGACUAUGUUAUUGAAAAGAAACUUAAGGGCGAAGAAGAAUGGGCACCUGCUGGUGGUAGUAAGCAUCUUGAACAUGAAGCUACCAAACUGAAGGAACUCUCCGAAAUGUUCUUCAGAGUUUGCUCAAAGAAUGAGAAGGGUAAUAGUGACUUCACUGAAGUUGGACCUAUUGUAGUGAAGGACUUCAUCAUUGCACCAGAAGCAAAUCUUGAGGAAUAUCCAACUGGACAAAUUAGUGUGCGCCUUGGUCAUAAUGUCCAUAUUGAACUACCAUACAAGGGUAAACCUCGUCCCAGAAUCAUCUGGUUGAAGGACAGUCUGCCACUCAAGGAAAGUGAGCUGGUACGCUUCAAGAGGACAGAGUCCAAAGUAACGCUGAUGAUCAAAAAUGUAGCUAAAGAACAUGGUGGCAAAUACACUCUCACUCUUGACAACAACUUCAAGAGAAGUUCAUUCCACAUUCAAGUCAUCACUCUUGGACCACCGUCUAGGCCCAUUGGACCAAUUCGUUUGGAUGAAGUCAGAGCAGAACACAUCUCUUUAUCUUGGGAUAAGCCAAAUGAUGAUGGUGGUGGAGAAGUGACAUGCUAUGCUGUGGAGAAGCGCAACACCACCCAGACAGACUGGAAGAUGGCCUGCUCAUCUGUAUUGGGAACAUCAUUUAAGGUGCCUAACCUCAUCAAAGGACUGCAGUACCAAUUCAGAGUAUCUGCUGAGAACAGGUUUGGUGUCAGUGAACCAAUUAUUUCACAAAAUGUCAUUGCCAAGCAUGAGUUCAGACCACCUGGUCCACCUGGCAUGCCAAUUGUUUACAAUAUCACCAAUGAUGGCAUGAGUCUUCAGUGGGAAAUACCAGUAUUUAAUGGAGGUUGUCCAGUCCUUGGCUACCAUGUUGAAAAGAAGGAGAAGAACAGCAUCAUGUGGCAAAAGGUUAACACAAUUCUAGUGACCAAAACAGAAUUCAGAGUGCUGGAACUCAUUGAAGGUCUGCAGUACCAGUUCAGAAUCUAUGCCCAGAAUGAUGCUGGACACAGUCGCAUGAGUGAUGUCAGCAAGUACAACACAGCUGUUUCUCCAGUCGAUCCUCCUGGUACACCUGACUACACUGAUGUUACCAGUAACUCAGUGGCUCUGAAGUGGGAUGCACCUAAGCGUGAUGGAGGAAACAAGAUUGUUGCCUACAAUGUUGAAAAAAGACAAGGAAAAGGUCGUUGGUUCAAGUGCAAUUUCUCCGAUAUUCCUGAGAGCGAGUUCAUAGCAGCCGGACUAGCUAUAAAUGAACGUUACGAGUUCAGAGUUACUGCCCGAAAUGCCAUUGGAACCAUAAGCCCACCUUCUCAGUCCUCUGGCUACAUUGUGGUCAGAGAUGAAAGCUUUGCUCCUAACAUCGAAUUUGGACAGGAAUACUUUGAAGGUGUUGCCGUUAAGGCUGGAGAUAACAUCAGAAUCAAGGUUUCUGUUACUGGACGCCCAACACCCAAGGUUGUAUGGUACAAGGAUGAUGUGCAAAUCACAAAGAAGAUGAUGGACAUCAUCUCAGCUCCUGGAUCAAGCGCUAUCUUUAUCAGAGAUUCUGAUCGUACCAACCGUGGGCAGUAUGCUGUGGAAGCCUCAAACCCCUCUGGAACCAAGAGGGAGGAGAUAAAUGUCCAAGUCUUUGAUACACCUGGAGAGCCAGUUGGACCCAUAACCUUCUCAAAUAUCUCAGAGGGCAAAGCAACACUUUCAUGGAAUCCUCCUGAGAACGAUGGCUGCUCUGAGGUCACCCACUACAUUGUUGAGAAACGUGAAACAUCGAAAAUCUCAUGGGCUCUUGUCACAGAUCAGUGUGUGGAGUGUUCAUACAAUGCUACGAAAAUGAUCAAGACUAAUGAGUAUCAGUUCCGAGUUUCAGCAGCCAACAGUAUAGGUGUUGGUAGACCAUUGGACUCUGUACCAGUUAUUGCACAGAUGCAAUACACUUAUCCAGAUGCUCCUGGUACACCAGAUGCAACAGAGGUUGAUGGAGAAAGUAUAACAAUUGCCUGGACAGUUCCAACUAAUGAUGGAGGAAAUCCGAUCCAACAUUACAUCGUUGAAAGGCGUGAGAAGAAGACUGGACGCUGGACAAAGGUUUUGACCAAGAAACCCAUCACCGAAUGUGCACACCGUAUUCCUAACCUCACAGAAGGGGUUGAAUAUGAGUUCCAUGUGAUGGCUGUGAAUGAUGCUGGAAUUGGAGGGCCUAGUAAUACAUCAAUGGCAGUUAAAUGUGCUGAGCCUACGGAGACCCCAGAUGCUCCUUCCAUUGUCAAUGUCUUUGAUUCCACCAACACAUCUAUCAGCUUGGAAUGGACCAAACCGGCAUGGGAUGGUGGAAUGGAUAUCCAAGGUUACAUCAUUGAGAUGUACAAGGGUACUGCGGAGGAGAAGGAGAAGCAGGAGGAGGAGGAGGAGGAGGAAGAAGAGGAGGAGGAGGAGGAGGAGGUAUGGGAAAGAGUCAAUGAAGAUUUGUGCACAGCAACAAAAUAUGUCGCAACUGGGUUGGAAGCUGGUUCUUGGUGCAGGUUCCGUGUCUGUGCUGUCAACAAUGUUGGAAAGGGAGAGACCUGUGAAAUCACUGAGCCAGCCCGAGCUGUCGACAGAUACAUGGCACCAGAUAUUUACAUUGAUGCAAGCUUCAAGCAGAUACAUAUUGUUAAGAGAGGUGCAUCUGUCUGUCUUGGCAUUGCAUUCAAGGGUAAACCAGAUCCUGCUGUCACAUGGAUUAAGGAAGAUGGUGAACUUGGAGUCAUGGCAGAAAUUAUUACAACAGAAAGCACAUCUUCAUUGACACUAGAGAACAGCACAAGAAAUGAUACAGGGAAGUACACUGCCACCCUUGAGAACAGCAGUGGAUCUAACUCCAUUACAUUUACUGUGAAGGUCUUAGAUACACCUGGACCACCAACCAAUGUGGUCUUCACAGAAGUUACAAGAGGCGCUGUGUCAUUAAUGUGGGAGCCUCCACUUAAUGAUGGUUCUGCCCGUGUGCUUCACUACAUUGUUGAGAAACGUGAAGCUUCACGCCGCACUUGGACACAAGCAGCAGGCAAAUGCUUGGCACCUAAACUGAGUGUUUCUGAGCUUUUAGAGGGACCUCCGUACUUCUUCAGGGUUAUGGCAGAGAAUCAACAUGGCCUUGGAGAGGCCUUUGAGAUCCCAGAUCCAGUCAUGGCCACUGCAGAGCCUGCAGCUCCUAAGAGACUAAAUGUUCUUGACACCACUGAUACCUCUGUUACUCUUAGCUGGCUCAAACCUGAACAUGAUGGUGGUAGUCGCAUCACAAGUUAUACUGUUGAGGGUAGAGCAAAGGACACAGAGAAAUGGAUGGUUUGUGGGCAAACUAAAACCCUGGGCUUGUCAGUAGAAAACCUGACAACAGGUGCAGAGUUUGAAUUCCGUGUCAAAGCCAAGAAUGAUGCAGGUUUAAGUCCACCUAAAGAACUGUUCUCUCCAGUUGUAAUCAAAGAGCCUCGCAUUGAACCAACUGCAGAUCUCAGUGGCAUUGAAAAUCAGCUCAUUACAUGCAAGGGUGGUGCAACCUUUGAAAUUGAUGUCCCCAUCAGUGGCAGGCCAUCUCCAAAGGUGAUCUGGAAACUUGAGGAAAUGAGGCUGAAGGCGACAGACAGAGUAUCAAUUGUAACAACUAAAAACAGGACCACUUUAACUGUCAAGGAUAGCAUGAGAGGGGAUGGGGGCAAAUACUUCCUUACCCUUGAAAAUGUCACUGGAGCGAAGACCUUCACGGUCACCGCCAAUGUCAUUGGCAGACCUAGUCCACCUGAGGGAACCGUUGAAGUCUCAUCAAUCACGUCUGAAGCUUGUGUGAUAACCUGGAAAGAACCUGAGGAUGAUGGUGGCACUGAAAUCACCAACUACAUUGUUGAGAAGCGUGAGACUGGAACCACCGCUUGGCAACUUAUUAAUUCCAGUGUGAAACGCACUUCAUUCCAUGUCACAAACUUGACGAAGUACAUGCAGUACACUUUCCGCGUCUGUGCUGAAAACAGAUUUGGUGUUAGCAAGCCCAUUGAAUCUGAGACUAUUGUUGCAGAACAUCCAUUUGUUCCGCCGGGUCCACCAACCAGACCUGCGGUAUUUGGUGUUUCUGCUACAACCAUGAGCAUUCGCUGGGAGGAACCAUACCAUGAUGGUGGAAGCAAGGUGACAGGAUACUGGAUUGAGAAAAAAGAACGCAACAUCAUUCUUUGGGUUAGAGAGAACAAGAUCCCAUGCUUCGAGUGCAACUACAAAGCUGAAGGCCUUAUUGAAGGCCUGGAGUACCAGUUCCGAGUUUGUGCCAUGAAUAGUGCUGGACUCGGCAAGGCAAGCGAGGCUUCAAAGAGGACGGUUGCCCAAAAUCCAGUUGAUCCUCCCGGGAAACCAGAAGUAACAGAAGUGUCCAGAUCAUCAGUAGCACUCAAAUGGUCUACACCACUAAACGAUGGUGGAAGCCCCAUUACAGGUUAUAUUGUUGAGCGCAAGCCAUACACUAUCACUGGGGAAGGUCGCUGGCUGAAGUGUAAUUACACCAACGUCACUGACACAAACUUCAAAGUCACUGCUCUUGGAGAGGGUGAAGCCUAUGAAUUCCGAGUAAUUGCCAAGAAUGCAAAUUGUGUGUUGAGUCUGCCAUCAGAAUCAACUGGAUCUGUGACUUGCAAAGCAGAAUACACUCCACCAAAGGCGCUGCUUGACAGCAAACUGCUUGCGGACACUGUGACAAUCAGAGCUGGCUCAGACCUGGUUCUUGAUGCUGCUGUUGGAGGCAAGCCUGAUCCAAAGGUUUUCUGGUCCAAGGAACAGAAGGAGCUUGAACUUUGCGAGAAGUACGCUUUGCAGUACUCUGCUACCCGUGCCCUGGCAAUUAUCAAAUUCUGCGACCGCAAUGACACUGGCAAAUAUAUUCUGACAGUGAAGAAUGCCGGUGGACUUAAAACUGCUGAGGUCAACGUCAAAGUACUUGAUACUCCUGGACCUCCUGCCGAGAUUGUCGUCAGCAAUGUGACAGAGGAAAAAUGCACCUUGACUUGGCAACCAGCUCUUGAAGAUGGUGGUGACGCUGUCAUGCAUUAUGUUGUUGAGAGGAGAGACACCAACAGACUCAACUGGGUGGUAAUGGAUGCAGAGUGCAAGGGUCUGACAUGUGACAUCACCAGACUUUUCAAGAACUGUGAAUACCUCUUCCGUGUCAGAGGUGUGAACAAGUACGGCCAGGGUCCUGCACUGCAGUCUGAUGCCAUUAUUGCUAGGAACAACUUCACUGUGCCAUCAUCACCUGGAGCACCGGAAAUCCUUGCUGUUGGAAAGGACUUUGCUACCAUUGAGUGGCUGAAGCCAGAAAGCGAUGGUGGAAGUCCAUUAACUAGCUACCUUAUUGAGAGCCGUGAAAAGAAGAGCAUAAGAUGGGUCAAGGUCAACAGAGAUUCUGUGCUCUUGGACACAAGUUUCAAGAUCUCAGGCCUACAAGAACGCAACAUUUACCAGUUCCGUAUUACAGCAAUAAAUGCUGCUGGUGACAGCUUGCCAAGUGAAUUAUCCAUGUACGCUGUCUGCAGAGUGGCAACAUGCACUCCUGCUCCUCCCUCAAUUCCACGCGUUACAGACACCCAUAAGGACAGCAUUAGCCUGGCUUGGACAACACCAGUGGAUGAUGGAGGUGCUGAUGUUAUUGGUUACGUUCUUGAGAUGCAGGAGGAGGGAGCUGAAGACGAAGAAGUAUGGACCAAAACACACGAGAAGACUCUGAGAACCACAGAUUACAUUGUGCCUGGCCUUGUAACUGGCAAGAAGUACUACUUCAGAGUUGCUGGAGUCAAUGUCAAUGGAGUUGGUGAAUUCAGUGACUGCUGCUCAGAGACAGAACCUGUUGAAAGAAUUGAAAUUCCUGACCUGGAGGUUCCAGAAGAGCUGACCAAGACUGUUUGCUUGAGGGCUGGAAGUUCCCUUCGCCUUGUAGUUGCUGUUAUUGGCAGACCAGCACCAACUGUUGCCUGGAGCAAGCCUGACACAGACCUUCAUAACCGUGGCUUCAUUGAAAUAACGAGACACAGUGCCUCUCUGAUAAUUGACAAGGUGCACCGCUAUGAUGCUGGCAAAUACACCCUUACUGCUGAGAAUUCUGCUGGCAAGAAGGAAGCUGCUAUUCUUGUCAAGAUUUAUGACACUCCUGGUCCACCAGGUCCACUUAAAAUCAAGGAACUUACAUCUGAAGCUGCUGUCAUCACAUGGGAUCCUCCUAUUGUUGAUGGUGGUGCCCCUGUCAACAAUUACGUUAUUGAGAGAAGGGAAGCAUCCAUGAGAGCCUUCAAAACUGUUACAUCCAAAUGUAGCAAGACCUCAUACAAGAUUGAUGGAUUGAUUGAGGGAAUGAUGUACUACUUUAGGGUCUUACCAGAAAAUCUUUAUGGUGUUGGGGAACCUAGUGAGACAGGUGAUCUUGUUCUUGUAUGCGAAGUGCCAUUGCCUCCACGUAAACUCGAUGUUGUUGAUGUAACCAAGACCACUGUAACUAUUGCAUGGGAGAAACCAGAACACGAUGGAGGAAGCAGACUUACAGCAUACAUUGUUGAGGCCUGUAAAUUUGGAACAGACAAGUGGAUGAAGGUUUCCACUCUUAAGAUUACAGACUUAGAGUACACUAUUGCGGCUCUGAAUGAGAAUGAACAGUACCUCUUGAGAGUUCGUGCUGUGAACAGCAGAGGACCUAGUGAGCCCAAAGAACUUGUGACACCUGUAAUCGUUCAAGAACAAAGAGUUGAGCCACAAAUCGACUUUACAGAACUUCCACAGAAGGCACUCAAUGUCCUCGCUGGUAAACCUCUCGAGAUAGAUUUGCCAAUUGUAGGCAGACCUCCUCCAAAGUGUGCAUGGUAUUUCCAAGGCAAACUGUUGAAGAUACAUGACCGUGUGAAGGUUAAGAGCACAGGAAAGUUCUCCAAGCUAACUGUGGUUGACACUACCAUUGAUGACACUGGAGACUACACUCUCGAAGUCAAGAACAUUCAUGGAGUGGCUAGAGAAGUAAUCAAAGUCACUGUUCUAGACAAACCUGAUGAGCCUAUAGGACCAAUCCGGGUCGAUGAAGUUGAUGCUACCUCUGUCUUGAUCAGCUGGGAUCCACCAGCGAGAGAUGGUGGAGCCCCAGUCAGUGGCUAUGUUGUUGAACAGCGUGAAGCUCAUCGUCCUGGAUGGGUGCCUGUCUGUGAUUCUGUCAGCAGACCAACCUUCAAGUUCGAGAGACUGAUAGAAGGAGAGGAAUAUGUAUUCCGUACUGCAGCAAUUAAUCGCUAUGGCACUGGAGCCUACUUGCAGUCUGAGACUGUGAUGAGCAAGAGUGCUAUAUCCUUACCUGGUCCAACUGGUAGACCCUCUGUAUUUGAUGUGUCUCGUGAUGGUAUGACCAUUGCCUGGCACGAACCAGAUGAAGAUGGUGGAUCUGCUGUGACAGGCUACAUCAUCGAACGCAAAGAGGUCAGAGCAGAGAGAUGGGUGCGUGCUAACAAGAACCCAGUGACCAUGACCAGAUACAGAUCUACUGAUCUGAUUGAAGGUCUUGAAUAUGAACACAGGGUAACUGCCAUUAACGCCAGAGGAGUUGGCAAACCAAGCCACCUCUCCCCACGUGCUGUGGCAACUGAUCCUGUUGAUCCACCAGAGGCUCCUCAGAACCCAAGAAUCACAGACACAACUAAGUCCUCUGUGUCUCUGGCUUGGAGUCCUCCAGAUGACGAGGGAGGCGCAAAGGUCACAGGUUAUCUGAUUGAAAUGCAGAAGGUUGGUUCAGUGACUUGGAUCAAGUGCAACACAACGCCAUCAAUGAUCUGCGAGUACACACUGACCCAGAUGCCUGCAGGGGAGGAAUUCAAUUUCCGUGUUUUAGCAUGCAAUUCUGGUGGACCAGGUGAAGCAGCUGAAGUUCCAGGAACAGUCACCAUAACAGAGAUGCAAGAAUCUCCUAGCUAUGAUCUUGAGCUCAAGUACAAGGACCUCUACGUUGUCAGACAAGGAGGAGUCCUCAAACUUACCGUGCCUGUCAGGGGUAAACCAAGUCCUACAUGCAAGUGGACAAAGGAUGCUGCUGAUGUCCCAGAACGGGCAAUGCUUGUGUCUUCUGAAGAUGUCGCUGAGCUUGUCAUCAAGGAUGCAGACAGGAGUGACUCUGGUCUCUAUGAGCUUGUGAUCCAGAACAGGUGUGGCAAGAAGGUCCUGCGCAUCAAGGUUAAAGUUAUUGGUCGUCCAACUGCACCAGAAGGUCCUCUUGCAUAUGAUGAAAUUCAAGCACACUCUGUGAAAGUGGGCUGGAAACCACCUACUGAUGAUGGUGGCUCUGAAGUCCUUGGUUACAUCGUAGAGAGGCGUGAGCUUCCUAAGGCAGCUUGGUACACUGUAGACUCCAGGGUGGUUGACAGAUCACUGGUGGUGAAGGGAUUGCGCGAAGGUGCUGAGUACCAGUUCAAGGUGACAGCUGAGAACCAGUUUGGUGUCAGUGGAUCUCUCAAAUCCGAAGAUGCCCUUGUACCAAAGACCCCCAUCUGUGUACCUGAAACUUCAACUAAUCUACCUGAAAUUAUGGAUAUCACAAAGAGUUCAGUUGCUCUGGCAUGGACCAAGCCUAGAGAUGGUGGCUCAGCGAUUACAGGAUACUAUGUUGAGUUUAAGCUCACAUCAUCUGAAACGUGGGAGCGUCAUACGAAUAAGAUUGCUUCUACCAUGUACACUCUGACUGGCCUGACUGCCGAUGCUGAGUAUCAAUUCAGAGUAAUUGCUGAAAAUGAUAUUGGUGAGAGUGAAGCCGGACCUGCUUCAGAUGUAGUCACAUGCAAAGAUCCAUUUGAUAAACCAAGCCAACCAGGUGAGAUUGAUAUAGUAGCUGUGACCAAUAACUGCAUCAGCAUUCGCUGGGGGGUCCCUGAAUGUGAUGGUGGAAAGGAGAUCCUUGGUUAUUGGGUUGAGUACAGAAAGUCUAUCGAAAGCACCUGGAAGAAAAGCAACAAGCAGCGCUCCAAGGAGAAAGAACACAUCAUACGUGGUCUGCAAGAGGCAUCUGAGUAUGAGUUCCGUGUGUUUGCUGAGAAUGCAACUGGAAUCAGCAGACCUCGUAGAACAGCCACAGGCAUUAAAACCAAACUUGCAACUGGAACUGCUCCAAGUCUUAGGAAAGAGAUGGAUGAGGAAACAGCCAAACUUGGACAGACCGUUACCAUGAAGUGCCAGGCUAUUGGACGACCCUCACCCGAUAUCAAAUGGUUUAGAUUUGGAAAGGAACUCAAGGCAGGCGGGAAAUAUGAAAUGAGUUCUGAUGGUCGCAACCACCAACUGAUUGUGGUAGCAGACCAACAGGAAGAUGAGGGCGAGUACACUUGCAAAGCCAUUAACGAGGCAGGUGAAUGUGAGACCACUGGUGUCCUUGUUUUGGAGGCAUCUCCUCGUUUCCAUCCUGAUUACCCUCUGAAGGAAAAAUACUAUGCUGGAUGUGGCACCACCCUGCGAAUUCACGCCGCCUACAUUGGACGUCCUCAGCCAAAGAUCAUGUGGCUCCAUGGCGCAACACAACUGCAGCCCUCUGAGAAUAUCAUUAUGGAGAAUACAGAGCAUUACACUCAUUUGGUUCUCAAGAAUGUACAGCGCAGAGUGAAUGGUGGAAAAUACAGAAUUCGCAUCAACAACCACUUUGGCAGUUCUGACGCCGUAUUCCAAGUUGAAAUCUAUGACAAAGCUUCCAUGCCAGAAGGUCCAAUCAAGCUUGAGGCUUUGAUGAAGAACUCUGUAAUCAUUAGCUGGAAACAACCAAAGGAUGAUGGUGGUUCGAUGAUCACAAAUUAUAUUGUUGAGAGGCGUGAGGACAAGGAAGGCGAUGAAUGGCAACUUGUGUCAUCUUCCAUCACUGGAACAUCUUGCCGCAUUCCCAAUCUUAUUGAAAAUGCUGGAUAUCACUUCCGUGUGUCUGCUCAAAACAAAUACGGCAACAGUGAGGCACUUGAAACCCCAACUCCAAUCCUCAUCAAGAGUCAGUUAGAAAAGCCUGGAGUGCCACUGAGUGUUUCUGUGGCUGGAGUUACCAAGAACUCUUGUGUUGUAUCCUGGCGGCCACCUCUUAUUGAUGGAGGCUCCAAGAUCAAGAGUUACUGCUUGCAGAAACGAGAAAAGAAGAAGGGUGAAUGGGUCUCUGUGACAACUGAUGAAAUUCACCAGACAGUGUACUCUGUCAAGCGCCUGACUGAAGGUGUUGAGUAUGACUUCCGUGUCAAAUGUGAAAAUCUUGGUGGAGAAAGUGAAUGGAGUGAAGUGUCUCCCUCCGUUAUUCCCAAGACUGAUGUUGAUAUUCGUGCACCUGCCUUCAAAGAGGAGCUGAGGAACAUGAGUGUCAGAUACAUGAGCAAUGCAACACUUGUUUGCAAGAUUACAGGACAACCCAAGCCUGUGGUGAAAUGGUUCAGACGUGGCAAGGAGAUUCAGUCUGAUGGCAAAAAAAUAAAAGUCCAGGAAUUCAAGGGCGGCUACCAUCAGCUUGUCAUCACUGCAGCAGACGAUGAAGACUCAACUGUCUAUCAGAUUAGAGCAACAAACCAGGGUGGAUCAAUCUGUGCAACUGUCUCCCUGGAUGUUGAAGUUCCUGCAAAGAUUAAUCUGCCCAAGAAUCUGAAGGAUAAGGAAGCAAUUCCAGCCCUUCGUGGUGAAGUAGUUAACAUUAAGAUACCGUUCACUGGCAAACCUGAUCCAGUCAUUACAUGGCAGAAGGGACAAGAUCUUAUUGACAAUGAUGGAUACUACCAAGUCAUUGUUACAAGAUCAUUCACAUCCCUUGUGUUCCCCAACGGAGUCGAAAGGAAAGAUGCUGGAUUCUAUGUCGUCUGUGCAAAGAACAGAUUUGGCAUUGACCAGCAAACGGUUGAACUUGAUGUUGCUGAUGUGCCUGAUCCUCCUCGUGGCAUCAAAGCCAGUGAUGUAUCAAGAGAUUCAGUCACUCUGCAGUGGAUUGCACCUGCCAGCGAUGGUGGUAGCAGAGUAACCAACUACAUUGUAGAGAAAUGUGCCACCACUGCUGAAAGAUGGAUCCGUGUUGCACAGGCACGUGACACUCAUUACACUGUUACCAACCUCUUUGGAAGAACAAGCUACCUAUUCCGCAUCAUUGCUGAGAACAAAUUUGGUGUAAGUGCACCAUCAGAACCAUCUGGAUCUGUGGUAACCAAAGAAGACAAAUCAAGAGUGCUCGGCUAUGAUGAUGAAGUUGACGAAACCAGGUCUGUCUCUAAGGCAAAGGCUCCAAACUCUGAGGCCAAGAAUUUGCAUGACAAGUACAUGAUUGCUGAAGAGCUUGGACGUGGCACAUUUGGAAUUGUUCACCGUUGUGUUCAGAUCAGCUCUGAGAGGACCUAUAUGGCCAAGUUUGUUAAAGUCAGGGGUGCAGAUCAAGCCUUAGUGAAGAAAGAAAUUGCAACACUGAACAUUGCCCGCCACAAGAACUUCCUGUGCCUUCAUGAGUCAUUUGAUAGUGCUGAAGAAUUAGUUAUGAUCUAUGACUUCAUCUCUGGUGUAGACAUAUUUGAACGCCUUGGCACACUAGACUUUGAGCUCAAUGAGAAAGAAAUUGUCAGCUAUAUCAAACAGGUGUGUGAAGCUCUUGAGUUCCUACACAGCAAGAGCUAUGGCCACUUUGAUAUUAAACCAGAAAACAUUGUGUACACCACAAGAAAGGGCACAAACAUCAAGAUCAUUGAGCUAGGACAGGCUAGGCGCCUAACACCUGGAGAGCAAAUCAAAAUUCAAUACACUACAGCUGAAUAUGCUGCACCUGAAAUCCACCAAAAUGAAAUGGUGAGCUCUGUUACAGACAUGUGGUCAGUUGGUGUCUUGGUCUAUGUGCUUCUUAGUGGACUCAAUCCAUUCACAGCUGAGACUAAUCAGCAAAUGAUUGACUGCAUUUCAAAUGCUGAGUACAACUUUGAAGAUGGGUGUUUCAAGGAAGCUAGUGUUGAGGCAUUAGAUUUCAUUGACAGACUGCUUACAAAGGACCGCAAACAUCGUUUGAGUGCUGCCCAAUGCCUGGAACAUCCUUGGCUGACAAAGAGCACUGAGGAACUGAGCAUAAAGACAAUCAAUAUCACAAGACAUAAGAGAUACUACCAGGCUAUUGUGAAGAAGGAGUGGAACACCAUUGUUUCUUCAGCUCGUGUUGCCUCUGGUGGGGCCAUUAGAACUCAGAGAGGUGUAACUGUGGCUAAAGUCAAGAUUGCACCAUUUGAACAUGGCCCUCUUGCAGGACCAAUCAGGCACAAUGUUGCUAAUGAGGGUGAAGAGGUGAAGUUUGUCUGUAGCAAUGAGAACUUCGACAGUACCACAGAGGUGACUUGGUACUGUGGAGUGAGACAACUUGAAGAUGGUGCCAGGUAUGAAAUCACCUAUGAUGACGAAGAGGGAGUGGCAACUUUAACCAUCAAGAAAAUAGCAAGAGCAGAUAAUGGAACCUACAGAUGCAAGAUUGUCAAUGAAUAUGGUGAGGAUUCUGCCUAUGCAGAGCUGUUUGUCAAUGGAGUUAGAAAAUACCAUGACUUCUUCCUGACACGUGUUGUGAAGAAGGUGAAACGUAGAGUGGAUACUGCAAGACUGCUCCAGAAACCACCCGAGUUCACUUUGCCUUUGAUGAAGCGCACUGCUUACAUUGGUGAGGAUGUUCGCUUUGGUGUGACUAUCACUGUGCAUCCAGAGCCACGUGUCAUGUGGUUGAAAUCUGGGCAGAAACUCGUACCAGGCUAUGAUGAGAAGAAGUACACAUUCAAAACCGAUAAGGGUUUGUAUCAACUUGUGAUUCAUAACGUUGGUCCUGAUGAUGAUGCUGAAUAUAGCGUUGUAGCUCGCAACAAAUAUGGUGAUGAUAGCUGUAAAGCCCGACUCACCAUCAAUCCUCGUCCUGCUCCUGCUGAUAACACUUUGAGGCCUAUGUUUAAACGUUUGCUUGCUAACGUGGAAUGCAGGGAAGGCCAGAGUGUACGCUUUGAAGUGAGAGUUUCAGAAAAACCAACACUGAAGUGGGAGAAGGAUGGUACACUUUUGACAUUCGGACCACAAAUCGAGGUUGUGCAUGAGGGCUUGGACUACUAUAUCCUCCAUGUUAGAGGCACUCUACUUGAAGACUCAGGAAUUUACAGAGUAACUGCAACAAACUCUGCUGGGUCUGCAAGUUGCCAAGCCACACUCAAGGUGGAAUGUUCCACCCAUGUAAAGAAGGACUUCCAGGGUGAGGAAGAUAAGAAGAAGAAGAAGGUGAUUCAAGAAAAUGACAUUGAGAAGAAAGCAAGACUCAGAAUGAUUCUUUCUGCGCCUCCUGUCACACCUCUUACCCCCAUUGCACAGCAGGCCUUGAGGGACGCUAAUGCUAUGUUCAAACCAGCAGUGACACCAAAGGCGGGUAAGUCUGAAGCUGAAGAAGCCAGAGAAAAGGAGGAGCGCAAAAAGAGAGCAGAGGAAAAGAGGCUGAGAAUGCCUUAUGAUGUUCCACCACCUCGUGAGCAUGCUCCAACUGCACUUGUAGAGGAUAUGGAGAUCAAGCACUUUAAGCCCUUCUCUGACAUGAAAUGGUACAAGAAACUCCGUGACCAGUAUGAAUUCCCUGAGCCUAUGGACAAGUUUCCCCAGAAGAGACUCAAACGCAUCCGCCUCUCAAGGUGGGAUCAAUUCUAUGAAGUGCCACUUCCAAGAAUCAACGACCAGUAUAAGCCAAAAUGGCACAUUCCAGUUUCACAAGAUGAUCUAGAAACAGUAAGACCAGCAAGGCAUCGUACACCUUCCCCAGAAACAGAGAAUUACUACAGGAUCAGGAGGAGGUCUCUUGGAGAUCUGUCCGAUGAGGAACUCCUUCUGCCUGUCAAAGAGUAUCUGUCCAUGAAGGUCACCGAGGAGGAAAGGCUUCGUCUUGAAGACGAACUGGAGCUGGGAUACUCUGCUUCUCCACCAAGUUUGAGCCCUGUGCGAUUCCAACUUGCUGCACUGCGCCAUCAUUCACCAAAGAGAGUGGCAUAUGAGGACGAUGAAGAGGGAGAGGAGGUCCCAACAUAUGACUCCUAUCGUGUUCCAUCUAAAUAUGAAGCUGGUCCAAGCUACCUUGACCUGCGCCAGCGUCAUGAUACGGCUACCCACAGGGCCCCAAGGCAGAAGCAGAGAGUAUUUGAAGAAAGGGAGGAACACGAGCUACUCAGCUCAGCAACAACCACACAAAAAAUUACUUCAUACAAGAGUCAGCUCAAACGCAUGGAGUUUGAGGAGAAAACAAGAGUGAUUAAAAAGGAGAGAACAACUCAUGCCCCAGCAGUGUCUGAGGGUGGUGAGAUGGCUUAUGUCCCAUUACCAUCUUCUUCAACCUUGCCAAAGAGGAAAGGAUUACCAUCUCCUGGUGCCAGACCUCGUAAGACACCUGCAGCUGAGACUGAGGUAGCCAGAAAGCCAUCACCUGCCCCAGAAAAGCCACCCACUGCAUCUCCUAGUGUUACCUCCACAGACAGAGCUUCUUCUAUUGAUUUGUCAGCAAAGGUUGACUACAUGUCAAGGUAUGAGGCUAAGAAAAGGGCAAUUAAAUCUCAGAGGAAAGUUGAGGUUGUGACACAACUACCAUUCAGCCUUGACCAUGUCCCACGCAUUACAGUAAGAAUGCGCUCUCAUCGUGUGCCAUUUGGACAGCACACUAAAUUCACACUGAACAUCCAGUCCAAGCCAGAGGCUGAGGUCAAAUGGCUCCGCAAUGGACAGGAGAUUCGGGAGAGUAAGAAAUAUCGUAUGAGUAAUUUGAGCGGAGUUCUGACUCUCCAAAUCAUGGACUGUCAGUCAGAUGACAGUGGUACCUACCGUGUCGUUUGCAAAAAUGCUAAGGGAGAGACCUCUGAUUAUGCAACUCUUGAUGUGGCUGAAGGAGGAUACUCUUCCUUUACCUCUUUCCGCCAAGAAGAGGAGCCUCCUACUCCCUACCUCCCAGAAAUGACCACAACUGAAGUUUACCAUGUAUCUUCAAAAUUGGCGAAAUCUACUGAGACUGAAGUGACUGCGGUGACUGCAGUGACUGAAGUGACAGAAACAAGAACUGAAACAGUGGAGACUGUUGUUCAUGAAGAGUACUCAUCUUCUGAAACAAAGCUGCAAACCCUUGAGGAGACUACAGUGACAGAAGCAGUUGUUGAGAAAGCUAAAUCAACUCUACCUGCAACAAUUCUCAUCAAACCACUGUCACUUACAGUGUCUGAGGGAGAGACUGCCAGAUUCUCAUGUGAUGUCGAUGGUGAGCCAGCACCCAGUGUGACUUGGCUCCGUGAAGGACAUGCCAUUGCAACCUCUCACCGCCACCUUGUCACGACUACACAGUACAAGUCCACUUUUGAGAUUUCCUCAGUUGAACUCUCAGACGAAGGCAACUACACCCUUGUGGUUGAGAAUUCUGAAGGCAAGCAGGAAGCUGAGUUCAGUCUCACCAUCCGCAAACCAGCAGCUGAGGAGAAAGCUGUUGCCUCACCUCCUAGAGUGAAGUCACCAAUUGCCUCACCCCCACGGGUAAAAUCACCAGAGGCAGUCAAAUCCCCAAAGAGGGUGAAGUCCCCUGAACCUCUUAAGUCACCAUCAAGAGUGAAAUCGCCAACAUCUCCAAGGUCUCCAACAUCUACAAGGUCACCAACACCCAAGGAAAAGCCUUCUUUCGCCAUUGGUCUGACUGACAUCUCAGCAUCUGCAGAUAACAUUGUGAAGCUGACUGUGAAGGUGUCUGGAGAACCUAAGCCCACCAUCUCUUGGAUGAAAGAUGGAAAGACUCUCUCCCAGGGUGGAAAAUAUGAAAUCUUCGAGGAGCAUGGGUCAGUCUAUCUAGAAAUCUACGAAUCUGAGGUUUCUGAUAGUGGACUGUACAAAUGUACCAUCACAAACAGUGCUGGCUCAUCCUCCUCCACCUCUACUGUCACAAUUCAAGCAUCAGAACAGAUGAAGGCUCAAAAAGAAUCUGUCUCCACUUAUGAAACUAAGGGAGAGGUCAUUGAACAAAUCACAAAAAGGGAAAUUAUACAUGAGGAAGUCCAGUCUUACACAGAAGUGAAAGCAUCACACACCCAAAUGACCAUGACAGCGGGUCAGUCUGUCACACUGAAAGCAGACAUCUCUGGGGCUACUGAUGUGAAAUGGAUCCUGAAUGGAGCCGAAGUUACCAAUUCAGAGAGCUACAGAUAUGGAGUAUCAGGGAAUGACCACACAUUGACAAUCAAGAGCAUUUGUCAGCAGGACCAGGGAAUCAUCACAUGCGAGGCAAAGACGGAACAUGGGGCUGUGAAGUGCCAAUUUGAUACAACAAUCAGUGAUAAGCGUUCCGAUGCGCCAUCAUUCCUCAGCCAGCCAAAAUCCCAGAAUGUCAAUGCAGGACAAAAUGUAACAUUCAAAUGUGAAAUUUCAGGAGAGCCUUCUCCUGAGGUUGAGUGGCUUAGGGACAAUGUUGUGAUCUCUAUCACAUCAAACAUGAAUUUGAGCCGUUCAAAGAAUGUGUACACUCUGGAGAUACUGGAGGCCACUGCCGCAGACAGCGGGAAAUAUACAGUCAAAGCUAAGAACCAGUAUGGACAGUGCUCUGCUACUGCAUCUUUAAAUGUUCUCGCUCUGGUUGAGGAACCUGUCAAAAUGAUUGUAAUGGAGAAAGCCUCUGCUUCUGAAAGCUUGCUGGGCAGUUUAUCUGCCACAGCCGUCCACAUGGCUUCAUCAAUGCAAGAGUCAUCCUUCAGCAGCUCCAGCAUGUCUAAAGUCCAAUCUGAAAGCAUGUCUGCUAGCAUGUCAUCCAUGAGCUCUGAAGCAAUGGUAGCUAUGAGCUCCAGCGCUGUAAUGAGAGCCAGUGCUGAAAUGAGCGCCAGUGCUGAAAUGAGCUCAAGCGCUGUAAUGAGCUCCAUGGCUGAAAUGAGCUCCAUGGCUGAAAUGAGCUCCAGCUCUACAAUGAGCUCCAUGGCUGCAAUGAGCUCCAGCAGUGUAAUGAGCUCCAGCGCUGCAAUGAGCUCCAGCAGUGUAAUGGAAAUGUCAGCAACUCACUCACAUACGGAGGGGUCCGCCUCUCUGGACCAGUAAAGGCGUGCUACAAACACAUAAGGCUCUCCCAGAUGAUUUCAGAUUUGGAAAAGGAAAGAUUCUAACAGGCCCCUGUGCCUUCUCUGGAGAGCCCGCACCUUUCAUUGAGUUGUUCCAUUCAGGGAAGACUGUCCAGUGAGGAGGGGGAGAAAAGAGGUUCCAAACUGAGACCACUCAGGAUCUCACCGCACUCCCUGUGUAAAGGAGAAUGAUGCUGGAGCAUACACCCUCAAACUGUUUCAAAGAGCCUGGAUCAGACACUGCAGCAGUCAAUGUCAACAUUCGAUCUAUGUAUAAAAAAAAAAAGAAAAUCAUAAUAGAAAUUCUACCCCAAUCCCAUUUCCUUUCUUAUUCAGUGCCUUUUUAUUUAUUGAAUGGGUAGAAAUACUCAUUACUUGAUAAAGACCUGGAUUUCUGUUCUUGUAAAUAUGAACUAUUUUUAUACCAAACUUGACAUUAAUUUAUGCCACACUAGACUAAAGUCUAAAGUUGUUAUAAAAUGUGCCAUAUUGGAUAAUUAUGACUAGGAUUUUUGAACCAUUUUUCUGUGACAUGUACAUAAUGUAUAUAGCCGAAUUUACCGGUUAUGGAAAAUGUAUGCAUUGUUAUUUAUGACAAUAACUGAAACAAAGGAACUAAAUGUUUAACAGGAGAAAGUUUCACAUGAAACGAAUACCCUGAAAAACUAGAAACGAAACUAUGUGCCUCAACAAAAAGUUGAAGACUUAAGAUUGCCUCAACAGGUAGAGAGGCUCCCUGUUGAAGUUCAACUAAAUCAGACACAAUGUAAUGCACUGUGCAUCUGUGCAUUGGAUAUUUCAACACACAUAUGAUUUAAAAACUAUGAUCAUAAGACCUUAAGUGCUGUUUGCAUAAUACCCUCAUGUAAGCAGGACAACUAGGCCUUGUGUUCAGACUGAUUAUGUCAUACCACCAUUUUGAUGACAUGCUCAAAGUGUGAGCGGCCUGCACUUUGAGCUUUUUAUUUUUUUUAAUGUGCACGGGUUCUGGCAGAGGACCAUUUUAAUUGGAUUUUUAAAGAACCGGCCAAUUAUUCUUUCUAAAAUUCAAUUUAAGUGCUCCUUUGCAGAAUCAGUGCCACCUCUUGGAGGAUUGCUAGGCAAUUUUGUGUGUUUUUGUGUUUUGUGUGUGUAUUAGCAUUAGAACCUCACAUUGUCAGUAGUCAGGGUGAGCAACAAGCAAGUGUGCCACAGUGACACCAUCUGCUGUGCUAAAAAAAACAUGAAAUAAUACAUGUAUGUAACGCCCUGCACUUUGAUUGAAGUUAUUUAUGUAGUUCUUAUAUAUUCAACCUCCUUGAGUUUUAUUAUUACAGAAUGAAUAAAGCAUGAUUGCAGCACCAUAA